AUGUUCUCAGCUGUGGAAGACUGUCAAGAUGUGAGCAAAGGCUCCCCAUGUGCUGAUCUGGACGAUCAUGUAAGGCAAUUAAUGAUAAGCUCGUUAAUUACAGCUAAUGCUGUAGCAGGUGGCUGCAUGACUCCAGCUGCUCUAAGCACCUGCUAACAGCUUGGUUGUUACCUUUGAACCCCUUUCCAUCCUGUAGCUUGACAACUGGGUUUCAAUAGCCCCCCCAAAAAGUGGGUGAUGAUGUUCAGAAGUAGACAUGAAGCUACUCAUCCCCUGGAUUUUCUUGCUAUAGAUAGAAUCUGUUACAUCGACAGAGAGAUGAUCUUCCAGCUAUUGUUGGAUUCCAACUCCCAUCACCACUGACAAUUGGCUGUGCUGGCUAAGGCUGAUGGGAGAAACUGAAAGGCCAAAGGUUCAUCAUAUCUAAUUUAAAGCCUAAAUAAUAAAAGAAUGGGCAACUUUGUACUGGGACAGAGUAGACAAUAUUGAUAACUGGAUAAACAGUCUGACCUGGUAUAAGGUAUAUUAUGUUCCAGUGACUUACUUAUAGGUGAGUUGAUCCUCUUGCUUUUUGUGGUUAUUGAACUAAAAGGCUGCAGGAGAGACAUGAUUUGGCUAAAAUUUGGGAGUGGAUUUCACAUCAAAUCAACAACAGAUUUAUUUAUUUUUAAUGGAGAAAAAUAGAGUUGUGUGAGUUAUGGCUGUUUUGGCUUCUUGAUGCACGUCAAUAGGAGGACCAGAGCAUUUGUUUUCCUAAUAGUGCUUCAGAUUCACACAGGUGACACUGUGGUCUAAACCACUGAGCCUCUGGGCUUGCUGAUCAGAAGGUUGGCAGUUCAGAUCCCCAUGACAGGGUGAGCUCCUGUUGCUCUGUCCCUGCUCCUAACAACCUAGUAGUUUGAAAGCACACCAGUGCAAGUAGAUAAAUAGGUACGGCGGUGGUGGGAAGGUGAACAGUGUUUAUGUAUGCUCUGGUUUCUGUCACGGUGUUCUGUUGCACCAGAAGUGGUUUAGUCACAUGACCUGAAAGCUGUCUGUGGACAAAUGCCAGCUCCCUUUGCCUGAAAGCAAGAUGAGCGCUGCAACCCCAUAGUCACCUUUGAGUGGACUUAACCAUCCAGGGGUCCUUUACCUUACCUUACAAGGCAAGGACCCGCUGAAGUUGCACUUGUUUUGGAACCAUGGCAUGAUAAAGUUCCAUGUGUACCACUUGACCAAUUUGCCUUUAUGUCUGCAUAAUGCAUGAAAUGAUAUUGUUUAUAUUUGUUAGCAUGGUGUGUGAAUGCAAGGGAUGGUGUACGUAUGGUAUAUGGCAGUAAUUCCUGUAGAUAGCAUGCAUGGGUGUUUUCAGUGAAGAAGUAUGUAAGAAUGAAAGGGGACUAGAAGGUAUUAAACACACAUUAUAUAGCUGUUCACUUUUUUAGCAUAAUGUUCUUAAAUAGUCAUGCAUGUGCACACACGCACAGGCACAUUUUUAAUGCGCACAGGCACAUUUUUAAUGCACAUUAUUUGGUAGCCAUUUGGAAUCCUUUGUAACAAAAGCUGCUACGUACUUCACUCUUAAUUGUGGAUCAUAAUAAGUGAGAAUGUGCUAAUGCUUAUUUUGUGUGUCUAGGCUCCUCUCCUAAAAUAGACACAAGGGAGAUAUUAGCAUGACUGGGCUCUGUUUACACUUUAGUGUGAGAAGAGCUUUGUUUAACUACAUCUUCACAGCUGCUCAAGAGGUGCUGCAGUAAAAAUGUGAAUGGCAAACAAAUGCUUAAGAGCUGCCUUUCCCCUCCUCCUCUUCACCUAAUUCACAGAACUGUUGGGCUUAUCUUAGGGAGCAAACCAGUCUUUGAAAUGACCUGGCGUUAGGGAUGGGUGAAUCUGUCAAUUUCUGUUUCACCCAGUUUUUCAUUUCUCCAAUCUUCAAUGCAGGUUGCCACAUGUAUGUGUACAUUUUCAUUUUUUAAAAAAGCCCUCAGGAAAAUCACAUCCCAACUUCUGUAAAGUGGUCCCUGAUAUAGUUCAGGGUCUUUGGGGUUGGAGGUAAAGAAAAGCACUGACCUGGAAUUUUCUAAAACUAGAGAGAUGUAUUAAAACAAAACAAAAAUUGCAAUGUGCAAAUGAUGAAAUAGCUUCUAUACAUUUAAUAGUAGUGUAGACAAGAGAAUUUUGACUCAUUCCCCUUUUCUCAAUUUUGGAGAGCCAGAGCUUCCCUACAUCUGCACUAAGGGUACUAGAGCCCUAAUCCCAUUUGAAUUUCACCAAUAUAUAUACGUGUGCAAAUGUGGAUAACAUAGAGCGGGUAAACUCUGCACUGCAAUUCACUUGUUGUAGGUGAACAAACACUUGUCAGUCAGAAGAAAAGCUCUCUCUGAAAAAAAAUGUUACUUGAGUUUAGUUCUACAUCCACCAUACAUUAUCUCAACACAAGGAAAAUUGUGUUUCUAGUGAUCAAAACCUGACAGAGGUAGAACAUCCAAAUCAAUAUAUGGGAAAUUUAAUCUUACAAGCUGUCAGGAUCACAAACAGAGGGGGUGAAUUUUAAUGACAGGGAAGCAAACAUAUUCAUUGCAGGAAAGGUUACCACUGAAAGGACUAAUCUGACUUCUCAGGACCGCGUGGAAGAGAUAUGGCACAUUGACCUUAAAAACAUGUCACUGAUAGCUCUUUUUUCAAAAAGAAAAAGAAAAAAGUAUGGAGUCCUAACACUCCUCAGCUAUGAAAUACUUCUCAAUUGAGAACAUCUAGCCUGCCAUUUCCACUACUUUGCCCUUUACACAGAAAACAUCGAGGUGAAAAAACUGUGGGAGAUCCUGUUUUUUCAGUAGCAAUAUGACAGCCAAGUUUCUGCAAUAAUACUUCCUCUUUGUAAAGUAUUGCUUACAGUUUUGUUUUUUAACUUGGCUUGCCUAAUAAUAAUAAUAAUAAUUCUUGUACCUAGACCUAAGUGUGGUAGUGGUCAGUGUGGUGGGGCAGAGCUGGACACACUGGAUUGGCUCUGCUGGUGCAUCUAUGCAGUCCUGGCCUUGCUUCUGCUCUGCCCUGCUCCAUUAGUUGCAGCAACACCAGGGUUAGGAUGGUCGCACUGCUCCAUUGCACCAACAGCAACCCAAGUAGGAGACAAGUCAUCAUCUUUCCCAAUGGGUUUGAAGUUAAAUAAGCAAAGACUGCAAGCGGUGGUAUCUGUGGGCAACAGAACACCAUACACCGGAUCACAGCUUGGUUGCCUCUCUACUCAACUCCUGUAUUCCUUUUGAUAGUGUGAUCUGAUGUCCACAUUUGGUAUGCACCAACACACUUGAUGAACAGGAAAGUAAACCAAUUCAGAAAAUAUGCAAAGAAAAGAGAGUGAGAGAGAACAGGAAGUCAUUAGGAAGAUAGAUGAUUUUUCUUUGUGGACAUCUCCAGUUUGAAAAUGAUUAUGCAAAUCAGGCACUGCACGAGUGCCUUUGCUUUCUCCACGCUCAAAGUGCAAGAUGAAACAUUGCAUAAAGUAUGCAAAGACUUGUUCCAUUGCAAGCUUAUGAGUGUAUCAGCAGCUUUAUUGCCAGAUGCGGAAGAGAAUGAAAGAGGGAGGGAGAGAGGGAGAGCACUGUGCAUUUCUGUCUUAAAAAGGAGCAGUGAACGUUGAGCCAAGACAUUAAAUGAGCUUCUGCUACAAUCAUACAAUGGAUUGCGUGCAAAAAUGGAUUGUGGCACGUUAACAAAUAUGGUGAUCAAAUUGCAGAGCUCUCCUUUUGAAUACAUAUCUGUUUGGAAAUACGUUUCACUUGCAAUGGGUAUUAUGAAGAUAAAAUUGAAGGCACUGGGUAGCUGGCCCAGCCUCAGGUAUUUUGCUGCUUGAGGCAAAAGACAAUAUGGCAUCCUCCUCUCUUGCACAUACAAAAUACUGCUUCAGAAUAGCAACCUCUAUGACACUUGAGCUUAGGGGCAUGAGACAGACUGUGUCUCACACAUAGCACUGUCCUCAAACAGACAGGAAUGGCUAGACAGCCGAGCAGGAACAGCCGGAAGACAACUGCCACUCUUGUUCAGUAUCUGUUGCUGGCUGAGACUGUUACCUCAUCUGCCUAAUGGUGGCAUCAGCCUGGUUCUCUACUCUUCUAAAUGAGGGUGACUCCAAUGGGGCUUUGUUUAAGCAAUGUAUGUUCAGAUGGUGGUAUCAAGGGUUGAUGUUAUGAGGCAUAUUUUGCUCCCAGACUUAUGUUGGGGAGUUGGAUCAAUGCCAUUGAAAGUGAAGCUUCGCAUGGCUUUCGUCUGAAGGAGGAGGCAUUUUCUUUCCACAAUGUGACAUGUUUGGACAAUGGGGCUUAGGGCAUAGGGUUGUCUAUGCAAUGCUGCUCCUUUCCCCGAGUCCUCCUUUUCCAUUGCAGCAUCCUACCCUCCCACUUGGGCCAUUGGUUGGAAAUUUAUGAAGUAUAUUAUAUUAGCCUUAUGGCUUCAGCAAGUCUUUGGAUUGCUGUCUGAGCUUCUUGCUCGCAUAAAGUCCUGAUGUCAGAACAAACCAAGCCCUAGUUUCCCCCAUCCACCUCCUGACGUGUUCAAAAGCUUGAACCCAGCACUCAUGUUUGAAAGAAUCAUUGAGAUUCUUCCCCUGUGGGAGGUGUUAAAAUGAGCUUCACAUUGUUCUGCUUUGUUUAUAUAUUCAUGUUUGGACAUAUCUGUUAGGCCCCAGGGGUGAACCCUAGAAUUUGCUGCCAGAUUCCUGAUAUUUCUUCUUCAUAACUGAUUUUUCCCCCUACACUGAGAUAACUUCAGUUCAUGAGAAAAAUAUGUAUACAGUCACAUUUCAUUUUCCAGAAAUACAUAGACUGGGAACCAGCCUUCACUUAAAAAAAUAAGCACUCAUGCCACAUAUCAGGAAUGGCAGUGCAUUCAGUACAGCCUCUUUUUUGCAGUUGUAUCAUAAGGUGACUUGACCAUUGGGAUAUACUGUAAAUACAGUCUUCCCAUAUCAAAGUAUAACACUGGGAUGGAGAACCUGUGUUCGUUGGACUCUAACUUCCAUCAUCCCUGACCUUUGGUCAUACUGGUAGGGUGGAUGGAGUUGAUCACCUCUGGAGGAUUCCCAUCUCUGGUCCAAUUUGUCUGCUGAAGAAUUGUGCCCUGGAUGAAGUCUCAUUGAGUCCACAGAAGCUUGUGCUGUAAUUACUAAAUUUGUUAGAAAUAAUAAUAAUAAUAAUAAUAAUAAUAAUAAUAAUAAUAAUUUGUUCAUAUGCCAUCCAUCUGACUGGGUCUGACAUGAAGGUGCCACAAGACUCUUUUAUCUACUUACAUAUUCUUGAUGUACUACAGUUUGUUUUUGCAGUAAGCGUGCUUGUUAGGAUUAGCUACUGAUAAUCUUACCUUGAAAUAGGUACCUAUUAUUCAUUUGGUAAUGGGGAAAUGCCCCCUCACUCUCUGCAAUUUAAACUAUUGCUCCUUUGCUAUUGACCAGGCAGCACAGCAAGUAAUGCAAUGCAGCCACCCUGCUCACAGGGAAAGUUUCCAUACAGAUUUAUAGGGUUGUGGUGGAAAGUUGUUACUAUGAAUACUUAUGUGGUACUUCUGUACAUUUUGUUUCUGCUUUCCUAUUUAUGAAAAAAGGAAGAGAGGUGAUCAAGAAAUGUCUCAACAAUGAAAUGGCAGGCGUGAACAUGAGGCAGUGUAUGAGAAUUUAAUUUACAAGGUAAAAUUGCAAAAUAAAAACUGCAUCUUGUUUUCCAGAGCAAAGAUAGAAGCAUCAGGAGAGGGAAAGCAAUUUGUGGGCUAAUGAUCUCAAGGCUACUGCAAGACCAAACAAAUGUGCCCAUUAAGGAAAGCACUAGACUUUAUAUAUAGAUUGUUACCAUCACUUUUGUUGCUGUUUUAUUUUUAUUCUUUGUCUCAAUGAGAAAGUAGAGAUGCAAAUGUUCUGGGCCUCUGUGGGUGUUCAAAGAACAAUUUGCAUAAUAAUAACAAAGAAUUUACUCAGUUCAUUUUUAGGUGGGCAAAGAAGGUAAACACUAUCAAUAAACAAGAUUCCAUUUUGAAGAGAUAUUUCCCUGUUCUCCUUCUGGAUCACUUGAUUUCUUUUCCAUUUUUUUAUUUUAAAUAUUUUCCCCCAUUAUACGCACUGCCAUUUGUAUCAUUAUUCCUUCAUUUUGUCUUGAUGUCAUGUUGGGUUGAAAUAAACGACAGACGAGUGGUAGGUGUCAUACGGGAGGCAUCUCCUCAACAUGUGUCGGGGAGUCCCUUUUAUUGAAUAUUACAGCAUUGCCACGUAUGUGCUUGUUGCUGAUUGGUUAACACAAGUACAAAGCAAGGGUUGCAUAUAAGACAUUAAUCAUCAAUAGGUUAAAGGAAAUCGAUUGGAAAAAGGAACGCAGAGUUUAGACAGGCAUGAUCUCCUUCUUAUCAUGAUUGAUAUGGUGCUACUAAUGGACUGCACGUUCCAGGGUGGUACGAAAGGAAUGUACACAGAAGGAUAAGUACAGAUUGAUAUGGUGUGAACUCAAGGUGAACAGAACGUACCAGGGUGGUACGAAAAGAAUGUAAAGAUAACUACCCAUCAAUGUCACAUCUGAAGUGAUAACUGGCUAUGGAAACAAGAGUGUGUAGAGCAGGAAUGGGGAAUCUGUGGUCCUCCAUAUGCUGUGGGGUUGCAAAUCCCAUCAGCCCCUGGCAGCCAGCAUGGUCACUGGUGAAAGUUGAUAGCAUCUGGAGAACCAUUGGCUCCCCAUCCCUGGUGCAGAGUCUCCACCCAUUCUUGAUGCAGAGGUUCCACCCACGAGGGCCUACCCUGCAGAUCUGGCUCCAGCUUUGAAAUGGUGCUGUCAGUUGUGCCCUCUCCUACAUCAAUUCUAAUCUCAUGGAUUUGCUUGCAGGCAGGCUGGAAGGCAGCAGCAACAGCUUGCAGGCAGACAGGAAGGCACCUGCACAAGGUGGCUAUGGGAGAUUCCCAUCAACAUAAUUGCCCACACUUAGGAAUGAUAGAAAUCAAUUUUCUUCACAUUUUAAUGUGAGCGUCUGGGAAAAUUGCUUGCAAAAAUGCAACUGCUAAGCAGGCAAAAUUGCAUAUCAAAAUCUAUUCAUGAGAGUGUAUUUUUUUAUCAUUAUUUAAUCAAAUCAAUGGGGGGAUGGGGAAUGGGGCAGCCCUAACUUAGGACUGGAAAGAUGAGAAAGGGAGAGAAACCCAAACUGACAUAUUUAUCCAUCCCUACCCACAAUAUCCACAAUUUCUCCAGGACAUGUGGAGGAACCCAGAUGGUUCAUUGCCCACAGUGCCCUGUGUUUUCCGACCUAGGUGUCUAGUGCAGAGACUGAGGGCUGUCAUCUGUCCUGGUAGCUGCCUUGUCCCUAUUCUGUCCCAUCACUUCACAACCAUAUCAGACGUUCUUUGAGCUUUAGUCUAAAAAUGGUUUUGUUCGUUUGUUCUUUAAUUAGGAAAUACAACACUGUACAAAGGUUGUGGUGGGAUUGCAUCACAAUCAGGUUAGAGCAUCAAGGCAACUGGGGAGUUGGGUAUUAACAGGAGGGUACAUCUUAUGAUCAAGCAGAAUUGAGAAAAAGCUAUAUGGAAAAUGCCUGUAUGACAAGUCUGCAGCCCAUAAGAGGAAGAGCUGCACUUGUCCAGUUGAACACUGGCUCAUAAUGGAAAGAAGAAGAAAAAUCCUCUUGUCCUUUUCAAUGAUCAGAUAAUGCCCAGAGGCAUGAAAAUGCAGUAACUCAGUGUCUCUGUGGGUAAAGCUAUAAAUGUUACGGAUGAUCAUAAAAUUACCCAGCACCUUUAAAAUGCAGGUAUGGUAUUUGACACCUUGACCUCCUCUGCAGUGUGAAUAAAUGCUCAAUGAAGAAGUAUUUCAUUUCAUUUGUUUUAAAUUUGCCUGCCAUUAACUUGGAGUGACCUCUUGUUCUCUAAUUAGGAGGAGACUGUAAAAUGCAAAGGCUGGCUGGGUUUUUUUAUUUUAUUUUAUUUUUUACUGUGGCUUUCGAGAGAUUCAGCACCUCAGUUGAGUCACUUCUUCUGAGGCUAAAUAAUCCUAAAUUUCUACAAAAUGUCAGGGAGCACUUUAUUUGUUAUGAAUUAACAUUAAAGCAGCUAUUCAGCUCUGUGGUGGUUCACAGACCUGGUAUGAGUAAUGGGCUUCACUAGCUAGUACCCUUUCCUUUCCUUUCCUUUUGCCCAAUGCAAAGAUUUUUAUAACUAGCUGGAAAACAUCCACAAUGGUUAUGCAAAGUUGGUAUAAACAGGUUGUGCUAUUAAGAACAGAGGCAUGUUGUAACACAUCUCACAUAACUUCUUAUAAGUUAUACACUUUGAUAAUUCUUUUCCAGAGGGGGUGCUAUAAUGACUCAAAAUAUUUUUAUUUUGUACUGAAACACCAAACUGGAGAAGAAUUUUCAGUGGAAUUUUUAAUUCUUUGAUGAAGAACAGACAAAUGGGGCAGUUUUCCAAAGCUCUUCUUGAAUUGACUCAUUAUUUAUCCAAGCCCCCUCCCCCAAAAUGGAAAAGUAAUUGUUUUGAGUGAAUCCAAAACUUCAGGAAUCUAUUUUCCAUUCUCAAAGGAACUAUAUGGUCAUUAGCUCCCAUGCAGAAAGCUUUCAGCUUCCAUCCCUGAUUUCACCCCUAAAAGCUUCUGUUUUCUGCCAUAAAGUAAUUAGGGGAAGCAUUAGAAUCAUAGAAUUGUAGAGUUGGAAGCGAGAAAGUCUGAAGGCUUGGAUAGUUUACCCCAAACAUGCUUGCACAUUUCAGGUAAGCUAUGCAUGCGUUCCGAUUUUUGUAUAUCCAGUGCGGUGUAUCCAUAUCCAGGGCAUACAUGUUGAAUAAUCCAUACCUGAGCCUUGAAAAAAAAUCACACCUGGAAAACCAGGGUUUCUCAAGAAAGACCUGGGAUAUGAUGCAGGGGUCUGUGGUGUGAAGGCAGGAAUCACCAAAAUUGGUAGAGGCAGCUUGCACCAAGUGGAACGACAGCACCAUUCUCUGAUUUGAUUCUACUUAAUAUUUAAAUUUUUAAUCUGUAAUCAGUGUUGACAUAAUGAAGGAAAAAUAGAUUGCAAACAUUCAGGGUACCUGCAUGAGAAAUAGUCCUUGGCCAAAUAUGAGAGAGACUGAGAAUAUCAGUUUCACCUCUCUCAGACAAAAUAAGGAGUUUAGAUCAAAUGCUUAAAGAGCCAAAAUCCUUUCAGAAAGGCAUGUUUUAAGUGCAUGUGGAAUAUGUGGAUAUUUGCUUCAUGCAUGUCUAUAACCACAGGGGGGUUACAUUUGUAAUUAUAGGCAAGCAGUUCUGUAAUGCUUGGGGUUUCUCCUAUUGUAGCUCUAUUUGGGGCAAUAGCAUUCUCCUGUCAAUCUACAUAUUUUCAAGAACUUACACACACUGUCACUUCAUCUUGGCCUCUCUCUCUCUCUCUCUCUCUCUCUCUCUGUUUGUGUGUGUGUGUGGUGCUGGGAGACUGAGCAUUAGCAUUGCUUCAUUACCAUCCCAUGAGACCUGGACCACAUCAUGAUUCCAAACCAUCAAAUCACUUUUGGAGGUCCGACUGCACUGCUCUCCUGCCAUCUGUAUAUCAGCAGGAAAGUGAAUAUUGAUGCUUUUAUAGUACAAUAUGGUGUUGAGUGGUAUCUUUGCUGCAGAGCAGGAGACCAUUGGUCUCCAGUUGACUCUGAUCCAUGAACCAGCAGAUGGAUGGAAACCAAUGAACUAUAGAAAAUGCCUGAUGUUUCAACCACCCUAACCAAUGUAUGAUUUUAUGAGGCACUUGAAGACUGUGAUUGUGAAACCAUUUAUAAGCCUGUAAGCCCUAGUGACACCAGUGUUACUUACAGGCCUGUAAAUUGCAGGGCCUUUAACAAUAAUUAUCCAAUGCAUCCUGAAGAUAAUAUGGAAAUAUUCACUGUAUUAAUAACCGUCACAUUAGACUGGUGACAGUUUGUCAAUGUACCAUCUUCAUAUUUUAUAAAAUGGGGCAGCACUGUUUUCCAAAUCGUUGGUUCACGGAUUAUUAAUGAGCUGCAAAACCAUUCAGAAAGUUUAAUAUUCUACCAUUUCCCCAAGGGGUAGCCCCUUACCAAUGUUUAGAUGCCUGUGUUAUCAACAAUAACUGUUCUGUGAAUUACCACUGUUUUCCAUAACGUAAUUAUCACUGACUCCACACUCUCUGUAUUUCAUUUCCCUUUUAUCUCCUUAUUUACAAUCCCCAUUUCACCAAUCAUGUGUGAAUAUUCCUGUAACUCGGGAUAAUACUUCAUGCAUCUGAGGAAGUGGACAGUGAGCUACAAAAACGUAUGUCAUAAUUUACAUAAUUUAUGCAAGUUACACAUUUAACUUAAUGAUGUAAUUACUCCACAUUGUUCAUUUCAGUGCAAAGGAAAUACAAUUUAAAUUGUUGGGGGAGGGGAUUAAUCAAUUACACAUCGUUUUCGGAAUGGAAAAAAAUGUGAAAUCAGUAUUACAAUUGUGUUCUGGACAUGGGACAAAUAAGUAAACCUCUGCAUUUUUGCUUCUGUUUUCGUCAGAAUUCUCUGACAUCCCUAGCAAGACAACAGAUCAGACUCUGCCAAAACCAACAUAUAUCCUGGCUAAUAUGUCCUUGUGCGCCACCUAAGUGAAAAAGUCCAAUAGAAAUUCAAUGAGCUUAUAGAAAUGGUAGGGUACCCUGCACAUGUUGCUAGACUACAGCUCCUAUCAUCCCUUACCACUGGCCAUGCUGGCUUGGGCUGAUGGGAACUGGAGUCUAACAGCAUCCUGCAUCAUACUUCCCACCCCUGGACUAUAGAAUAAAAAAUGUCCUUAACCAUUUGGCAAUAGAGCAGACCAGACAUAUUUCUGGGCUUAUUUGUCAAGGACUAACUGAAAGACAGGAGACAUGCUGGAACACCAUCUAUUAGUGGACAAUAAUUCACAACUAUCCUGUUGCUCCAUUUAUUCAUGCAUCAUCUAAUAAGAUGACAUUUAAUACAAAAUAAGAAUGAUGAAGUUUGCCUGAAUUUGCACAAUUUAUUAUUGGUGUCAAGCCAUAUUAGUUUUGCCAGCACUUGACAUACUUUGCUUAGGAUUGCUGUCUCCCAGAGUAAAAAGUUAUUAUUACCUAGUGGGAUUUCAUUUUGCACUGAGACUAAUACAAUCAAGAAGACUGAGUUAGCUGCACAUUUCUCUCUGAGUCUUUAAGUGGAAGACUGAUUGUUUCUUGAAAGGCAUCCCCAUUUAAUGCUCCCACUUGCAUCUGCCGUGCUUGACGAUCACCAUUACAGAAAUGCAGAGACAAUGGGAUACUUUACACCCUAAGUAGUCUCUCUGUUAUCCACACUUACCUUUUGCCCCACUCUUUUCAGGCACAGAUUCCCACUUAAAAGCUCAGUGUCCAAGCAUUUUUUUAAUUAUUAUUUAGAGCAAACAUCAAUUCAGUUUUUUCACAGAUUGAUAUUUGCUCUGAUUCAGCUUCAAAGAGUUGGGUUUCAUGGGGAAAAGGGCAAAGGGCACCCUCUCUAUCCUCCCUCCAGGCAAGCGAGAGGCUUCAUCAGAGUUCAGUGACACACUGGAGUGGGGCAAAAACACUUAAAGAAGGCACAGAGUGCAGCCAGGGAGGAGUGUGGCCUCAGGAAAGAGGGUGUGGCUGAGUGGGAAGUGUAGCAGAGUCCUGAGGACCAGAUAGAGGGACCUGGAGGGCCACUUGUGGCCCCCAGGCCUGAUAUUUCCCACUUGAGUUCUUCAAGUAUCCCCAUCUACUAGUGAUGCAAAGCCCCUUCUUCCAAAGGGCCUUACCAAAUAUUAAGUGUUACUGAAAGCCAUCUGAGACUCAGCCUUGGAGGGCUUACACACUCUAUCUAUCAUCUAUCUAUCUAUCUAUGCCAACACCCUCCUCCAAGUAUUCUGAAUAAAAUACAGGAAGCGUAGAACAAACUAUUGGUAUACUUUGGAGGGUCAGGGGGUUUGCAUAAGGCUGAAAACACAUGCCAGAAGUGUGCCAGAGAUACUUCUAUAAUUUAUUUUACAGACAUAGGAAAGAUGUAACCCACAGGAGCAAAGCAUUUUCAAAUCACUCCUGAGAAAAGGACACAUCAAUUCUGAGGCUGCCACCAGGCUCUCGAGUUCAGAUAUUCCCAGGCUUUUUCCCCAGACAACCGCCCUACACAUCCUGUCAAAAUGAAUCAGGAUUCAGCAAGUUUAUGCAUGUCAUGCUGUCAAGCUACAGAUGCAUUAGAAAGGAAGCGGAGUGACUGUUAAAAGUAGCUCUGAAAAGAUGAAAAUUUGUCUGUUUGGGAGCAAAAGAGAUGCAGCAGGUGGAUUAUUGUCACAAUGCUGUGAAUGGGACUCAGUGCUGGCUAUGCCAUUAGGUAAAUGGAGGCAAUGAAUGUAAAUUCUAUCCUUUUAUAGUAGGCUAGUUUCUACAAACACUCGCAAAUCCCUUUUCAGCAAGAGGCAUUAUCAGAGUUUAAGAACACAUUCCAGUCAGGUAAAAACAUUUGAGGAGUGGGCAAAGCAGGGCAGGGGAGAAGUGUGGUAUGGAAAGACGGGUUUGUAUCUGAGGAGAGAGUUUCACUUGAGGAUUGUCCCAAGGGAUAAAUAGAGAGGCCUGGGGUACAUCCAGGCCUGAAUUUCUUUGCCCUUGUGUCUAACCUUUACUCAAGAAUGUUGCAGUUCCACUGAAUGGGAUGAAUGUCCCAAUUUCAGAUCGUAACAGUUGGACAGAAGUCUACAAAUCAAGCCUACAGCUGUUGUUUUGCUACUGUUUUUGAAAUGCUGGCCCAGUGAGGGAUGAAUUAAUACUAUAUGGAGACUCUUAAGGCCAAUAUAAAUCCAUAUUCUUGCUUCCCAUGGUGGGUUUCCUGUUUCCAGGAAACCCAUAAGAAGGGAAGCCUUCUGCUCUUGUUGGUCUCCAACAAGAGAUGUUCAGCUGCAUGCUGUCUACAGUGUUAGAUUUUAGACUCUGGAGUUAAUGUGCCCUUCUUCAAAGUGUGGCAAGCCAGCCCUGUUGCAAUUGGAGGCCCCUCUGCUCAUUCUUCUGGAUGAGGCCCUUAGAUGUCUGCCCCAGAGUCCUGCCCUGAUGGUGCAUACCCUCCAAUAUUCCUCUGAAGAAAAUUGGGACACAUGUCUUUUAGUGCUGUGCACUCGUGCGAGUCAGAUGGUGCAUCUUUCAGUGCUGAGCUCUUGUGGGAGCCAGCUGACUUGCGUGAGAGUGCAGCAGCACUGCAGGCACCAGUGCUGGCUGCAAGCUCAUCCUCCCCCAAGAUCAGUGGCAUGCUGGAAGGAGAAAAUGGGACAUUCCAGGAUCCAAUCAGAAACCUGGGUGCCUUCUGUAAUUCCGGAAUGUCCUGGGAAUAUUGGGACAGUUGCCUGGUAAGAUGGUGCCACUGCCAGAACUGACAUGAAGCCAUUAUGACCUAUAGACAUUGAUUGACCUAAGCCGUACUUCCUUUUGCCGUAUUAUUUCUUUUGUUUUAAUAUUUUUGGAGCACUUCAUUAGGAUCAAUGAAAUGGCUUAAGGCCCCACCUGACCCUUUGCCAGAUUCCUAUGGAGCCUGAUGCUCAGCCAGUCAUGCCUUUGUACUUCAUUUUCCCACCACACAAAGGUCUGCCUUAAAAAAGGCAAAGAGAAAGCUUUUAGAAGUCAUGUCAAGAUGCUUGCUGCUUGUUAAUAUUCUUGUUGUCUUCCAUUUUUAAGCCAUUGGAUAUGGCUGAUGUUUCUAAUUUACAAAGAGAUGACAUCUUUAAUUGAUUUUAUCCUUUUGUCUUUCCAGUAUAUCCAUUGCCACUUAUUGAUUCCCGUUAACAUAUUCAAACACAAGUCUCCAGCAUUAACAAGACCUUGUCAGAAUACAUUCACUUCCUGUUUCGUUCUAACUCCUGCCCCUGGGUAUCUAUUAUGAUGUGACUAGUGAUAAGACAUUUCGCUUGGAUUGCUGUCCACCCACUAAAUUAAACCUGCAAGGCAUGCAGCAAAAAAUGUCUUUUUUAAAAAAAAAAAUCUGCCCUGAAGGAUGGGCAAUAGGAAACAAGAUAGCUGGAUGAAUGGUAAUAGUAUUCAGUAUCAGUACUGGGAAACAUAUACGGACUCAAAAAAGUGGGGGUGUCUUCUUUUCCUGCAACCCUUCCUCAGCUGAAAAUAACAGUAGCUAAAUUCCAACAGCUGGCAGGCAGGAUAUUUCAUUGUAGCUGGUGGUUGACUGAGAAAAGUGUGCGACACAGCACGCUUGAGACUUUAUCACAAUUUCAGAUGAAGGGAAGAGCUCUUUGACUGUGGAACAACCUGCCUCAUGAUGGGUUGGGCUCUCCUUUGCUGGAGAUAUUUGUGUCUCUGUCUGCGUUUCUCUCCACAUCUUCUAAUCAAUCUAUUUUAAAUGCAGAGGUAUAUUUUGGGCAGUAUGAACGGUUCUGCAACACUGGGAGCUGAUCCUAGGGGGUGCCGCAGGGUGCCACAACUAUAACGUAAUUCAUUGAACAGAACGGGAGGUGAGAGUGGGGAUGGGUGGGGUGGAAUUAACCUCACAAAGGGUGCCACUGAAAUUUGAAACACCAAAGUCUGCCCCUGUAUAAAUAAAGUUACAAAAGAAAACAGUUCCUAUCAGAAUUCUGUAUUGUGGUUAAUGAAAUACAAAAACAAUAAAUUCAGACAGCGCUUUUCAUUGUAAGAUAACAAAGUGCUUGAUUGAAGUAGUCUGUGCAUAUUGUACUUAAAUGUGUUGCUAAAUCAUAUUGAUUUUAAUUGUAUUUUAAUCGUUUCUUUUAUUCUUAUUGUAUUUUACUGUGUUAAAAUUGGGAUUCCAUUUUUUAAAAAAAACACUUUAUUGUCUAGCACAGUGCACUACAAUAGAUAAACAAGAGGCAGAAAUAUCAUUAAGCAGCCCACCAAGACCCUCAGCAAUUUUCAAGUGGUCUGUGGAAUGGGAGGUUGUUUGAGAAACCCUGGUCAGAAGGCACACACAAUCUGUGCCUUCUUGCUGAAGCUAAGCAGGUCUGAGUCUGGUCAGAUUCUGGAUGGGUAACUGCCUGUAAAUCACAUGUAUGUGGCUUCGGAUUCCAAGAAAAGUGGGACAUAAAUAUAAGAAAACAAAUGGAUGUAAGAACAUCAGUAAAUGAAUGCAAGAUAUAAGCCUGAGGUGAUAUAUCUUUGUGGUUUGAUUUCACACAAAUAGAUCACGUUGAAAACAAAUACUCAUUUUCACUUUGGGAUGACACCAAUGCAGGCAGCACAUGCUGUUCAAAAACCUCUCCCCCUUUCUGUCCAUAGGCUUCCAGUGAAAUUUGAAUUGCAUUGUUCCAGUGGGUAAAUACAGGAGCUAAGAAUUCCCCUGUGGGGAGUUAAGUAUUAGAUAUUCUCUGCCUGCCUUGAGCACAAGCAAAGGAUUUCAGUCUCCAACUGUUGUCAGCUUGGCACCUUUUUAUGAACACAAGAUAAGUUUUCUUUAUAUAUAAAAAGUAUAGCUCCUCGUGCUCCUGCUGCCUUGGACUUCAUAGAAAUCACUGUCUCCUUGCAGAAAUUUCCGUCUCCUUUUAAAUAAGCCAAGGUACAAAAUAAUCUAGCUCAAAGACUUCAGAGCAUCUCAAAUCUCAAAGCCUGCUACUUUGUUACUAAAUAAUGCAGUGAAAGGAAAACCUUUCCUGCACAGCAAGGUAAGACAGGACUGGAGGAUUUGAGCCAAAGGAGUCAAUUAAGGUAAGGAUGGCAGCAGUCCCAUAGGAUGAAAUUUCAAUGUGCAGCAAGUGUCCUGCAGAGAGAUAUCACCAGCAAAGAAGCUCUGAUGGGUCUGUGAAUGCAGCACUGCCUCACCGCCAUCACAGUCCCUCUCUAGGGCAGGAGCAACUGGGCAUAACCUAAGUUGAUGCAGCCUCCCCACAGUUUCUGUGAGUGCUGCCUGCAAGACAUCUGGCAGCCUCUUGUUAAUUUAGGGCUCAGUUUUUGCAACUGAUGCUCUCAAGGAUGCUUUUAAGAAGAGAAAAGUGGCAGCGUAGGAUCUCCUAUUAGGACAGCUGCUGAAUCAGCAUGCCACUUUCCACAGGCGAUUAGGAAGGAGAAACUCGGAAUGCUGUCAUGCACACUUGAAUCUGGCAGCCAUUUGCCAGAGAUAGAUUGCAGGUGAACACGCACAAUCUGCACGGAUGGGGCUGUAGCACAGAGGCAGAGCACAUAUUCCCAUGCAGAAAGUUCCAAAAUGGUUUAGUUCUUCUCAACUGGAAGAUUCCAGGCAACAGGGCUGGGCAAGAGGACUAAGAACUGGUUUUGAUGGAUUAAUGGUGUCAUUAAUGCAGCUUUGCUUAUAUUAGCAUGCCACACAACUUGUGGCAUAUUUGGCUGUAAACAGAUGGAAGGAAAUAACAAAUGGAAGGAAGGCUCGUGUCUUAAGAACAUAGGGAAACGUCUGCUAGAUCAGGCCAAGACCCAUCUAGUUCAACAUCCUGUUUUUACAGUAGCCAACCAGAUGCCUAUAAUAAUCCCUUAAGCAAGUCCUGAGUGUAACAGCCUCUGCUGCAGAGAAGGUGAGAAAGAGUUGCAGUGGCAGAGCAUAUGUGCUGCAUACGGACACCCCCCCCCCCAUUCCCACCAUCUGUCACACCUGUCAUCUGCAGGCAGGACUGAGAAAGAUCCCUGCCUGAAACCCUGGAAGCUGUGACCAGUUGGUUUAGUAGACAAUAACUGAGAUCAAUGGAACAAUGGUCUACCUCAGUAGCAUCCCAUUACAGUGGUACCUCAGGUUAAGUACUUAAUUUGUUCCGGAGGUCCGUACUUAACCUGAAACUGUUCUUAACCUGAAGCACCACUUUAGUUAAUGGGGCCUCCUGCUGCUGCCGCACCGUCGGAGCACGAUUUCUGUUCUCACCCUGAAGCAAAGUUCUUAACCUGAAGCACUAUUUCUGGGUUAGCAGAGUCUGUAACCUGAAGCGUAUGUAACCUGAGGUACCACUGUAAUCCAAUGCCUCAGUGCAUAUCUGAAUAUUCCACAUGCACACAAUGGCCUUCAUAUUGCAGUUUACUGUUUCUAAAAGGAAUAAAUAGCAGUCAUUUGUUUAUAUGGGGGAAAGGAAAAUGGGACCAACACUGUGUGGAAGCAAAAUUUGCCUAUCUAAUAAGCUCUUGACUCAAUGACCAAUCGCAAUGGUACUACAGACUACAGCUGUUUUCUUCUGUCCAUAGACCUAAAAGGUAGCCACUGAGAACCAAGACCGCCCUAUCUACAUAGCUUCUGGAAGUGUGAUAGAAGUUUAAAAUAUGGGGUGGAUGGGUGGAUGGAUGAAUGAAUGGAUGUAUGGUUGGACACAUAGAUAGUCCUCCAAGGAAACUACCGUAUUUUUCGCUCUAUAACACGCACCCGACCAUAACACGCACGUAGUUUUUAGAGGAGGAAAAUCCGUAGGCAUGCCACCCGUAGGCAUUCCCUCCAUAACACACACAGACAUUUCCCCUUACUUUUUAGGAGGAAAAAAGUGAGUGUUAUGGUGCAAAAAAUACGGUAUAUGCUAGCAUGGUAGAAUGGAUUGUAGGGUGGCACUUUGGUGCAGUUUGCUGGACUGAGCAAGAUAUUCAUUUUAAAAAUGGCAGCGAUAAAAAUCUUUUAGUGUAAAUAUAAACCUUUGAUUGUAAGAGACCUAAAGCAGAGCAAUUUGCUUCUCCUUGGAAGGUCUUCAGCAUAUUGCUGUCUCUUACCUUUAAUGGAAUAAUGAAAACUUGCCUCACAGGUUUCUUAUUAAGAGAAAUGAAAUAAGAAUAAGAAAGACAUGUUCCACAAAUUAAAAAUAGAAUGUGUCCAUGAACUGCGUUAUAUAUAAUGGCUAAUUGCAAUAGUGCGUAGGCGACAGAGGGCUUUGGGUUUUGGAUUCCACCUGCAACAGGAAAUCACCAGACAGAUCUCUAAAGCAGAUAUAAGAAUGCUCAGCCUGUAUUGCUCCUGCAUUUGUAUUAUAUCUUUUUUAAAAGGAAAGAUUAGCUUGGAUCUCCUCUUGGGUCCUAUAUCUGGGCAUGCCUGGAUGGCGGCCAAGAGCAGAUGGUCUGGUUAAAUUAACACAUUUCCCACAGUCCACAGUGUGCCUGAGAGAAAACAAAAUGGCUCUGAAUGGUUACCAUAUCCAUAAAAUAUGUUUCUUAAUAGCAACAACAAGAGCCAAAAUGACAGUGCAACCCUGCCUCACAUAUUUUUAUUGUUGAUGGUUGUAGAAAUUUCCUUCAAAGGCUGGGCAGAUGUUUGUUAGGAGGACUGCAUUUUUGUACAAGAUAUCUCAUCUCAGUGUACACUUGGACUUGGGAGACCGCCGGGUCCCAUUCAAUUCAAUGAUUCGAUGAACAGUGACAUAGAUAUCUCAUUCUUGGGAGUCUGAGAUAUAAACCACAUAGCAUCUCAUGGGGAAAUAUAGUUCUGCACAUGGAUGACAAUGAGAUUCUUCCAUGCCAAAUACAACCCACAUUAUCAGCAUUCCCAUAUCAAUUACUUCCAAAUGUGACUUUAUCCUAGGGACAAGUGCAUCAGUCUGUUUCUUUCUUUCUUUCUUUCUUUUUUUAAAAAAUAGUUUUUAAAGGUUUUUUGUGUUACAAAGCAAACAGAUAAACAGGAAGCAGUACAUCUAUUGUCUCCAUUUUCAAUUCAUAUUCUUUUUCACAGUUCAUUUGCAUUUGGUGAGAGACACUUCUGUCAUAGACAUCUUGCAGUUGGAGCAGAGGAACGGGGAGAGAAAUGGGGAUCUUCUUUCAUUUUAUUGCCUAUUUUUAGUGUGGGGGUUUGUGUCAGCAUCACAUGGGUAGGUCCUUUGUUUGCAUAUUUAUUUAUUUUUAUUGAUGUUGAUGUUGCGAGAGGUUUGGGGUUCCCGAGCUUGGUUGGUUGUGUUCAGUUGAUGGUGGUGUGGCUUAUUUAUGUGAGGGGCAUCAGUCAGUUUCCACCCUUCUGCAGGUAUUUAUCCAUCAGUUCACUCUAGCCCAUUUCUGCAUUAAUCUGCAAUGUGCUUUUUAAAUUCAUAAACCCAUGCAAAAAAAAAAUGCAUUCACAUGCAUAUUUAAACAUUUUCUCUUACAAUCACAUUUUAAAUGUACAUAUUAUCCCUAGUAAUAUAGAUUUUGAAAUGAAUAAGGAAGUGUGAACACCCAGUGCAUAACAAUAUUACGAUUCACACAUUAACCCAGAUAGUGUGAAUCAGGUCAGUUCAUAAUGGAAUUCGCAAUGAAUGAAUUCCUCCAGCAGAGGAUCCUAAGAACAUAGAAAGAGCCCUGCUGGAUCAGACAAAAGGCCCAUCUAGUCCAGCAUCAUGUUCUCACGGCGGCCAAUCAAAUGUCCAUGGGAAGCCCAGAAGCAAGGUAGGAGCGCAACAACAUUCAUUAGCAUAUGGUCUGCAGUAGGGUACCAGGCAAGGGGUGACUUUUCAAAUUUAACUAUUCAGGUAGGUAGCCGUGUUGGUAUGAAGCAGUCGAAAUAUAUUUUAAUUUUUUUAAAAAAAUUGUCCAGUAGCACCUUAGAGACCAACUAACUUUGUUCUUGGUAUAAGCUUUUGUGCGCAUGCCAAGAACAAACUUAGUUGGUCUCUAAGGUGCUACUGGACACCCCCCCCCCAAAAAAUUUUUUUUAACUAUGUUCUGCUUGCUUCAGGUGUGAUACUCUGAGCUGUAUCAGCAGCUGUAUCAGACACAUCCCACCUGCCCUGCCUUUGACAACCCCAAAUGCCUACUUAGGGGUGCCAUAUUCAAAGAGGGUCUUGAUGUGUACAAUCCAGUGCACCCCAGCCCAUUUUGCAUAGUUGAGUUCUGGAUUUUACCUGAGAUACUGACCACAUGAAAUGAGGCCAGGGGAAACUUGGCUGCCGCUUUCUUGCCCUGGGUGAUUAACUCUCAGCUUAGUCUGCUUUCUCAUAUCCUCAAACAUUUCUCUGAUGAAAACAGGGACGUCCCAUUCCAUACCUUCCAACAUUUCUUCAAUGAAAAUAGGGACUUCCUAAGGAAAAGCACGGCAUUCUUGAAUCAAAUCAGAAACCAGGAUGGCCUCUGGGACUGUCCCUGGAAAACAGGGACACUUGGAGUGUCUGCUUUCUGGAACAAAAUGUCCCCAUUUGUGCCUAGGCAGAAGGACCAAGAUGAGUGUGCUUCCUUAAGAAUACUGUGUUUUGUGAUAGUGAAGAAGAACGUAUAAGAAGAAAUGUUUGAGUAAAAAGGAGGAAGCAUUCUACAUUGUUGCUAACAUCUAAAAUAUAUCUGAUCCAAACCCUUGAAAUAUCCUUAUAGUAACCAUCUGCCUUGAUGUUAUGCAGGGGUCCUAUUCACAAGCAUGGCAUGCUAGACAGAAGAACAGGAGUUAGUUCAAUAAUUUUAUGAAUUAGUUAACUGGGAGUAAACGAUGUCAGAAUGCCAGCUCCAUGUUAUAUUUUGUCAUGUGGAUAUUUGUGAGCAGAUAACAUUACCCAAGUGCCUUAGAAAUGCCAAUGGAAAUAAUAUUAUUCACACUGUGUUCACUGUACUUUAAUUUCAAAUAGUUACAGGCAAGGCUGAAUCAGAUUAAAAGUAAAUAAAUAAAAAAGCACCAAAGAGAAACAGCAAGCUGAGUGGAAAAUUGGCUGGAAAUUGGAAAUAAAAUUGCAAUGGGUAAUGGCUUAUAGAGGCAAAUAGUGGGGUUUCUUGGUUUUCUAUCUCUAUCAAUUACAUAGAUGAAAGAAUAACAAGCCACCUUUCAGAAAUUUGCCUGUGAUAUUAACAUGAUAAGCAAAGGAAAUUGGGUUUCAGAUGCCAGUAGUGCCUGAUGAAACCAGCAAGGCAAGAGCUCUGACACAGAAACCCUGCAAAUAGAAUUUUAACACAGAUAAGUGGCCUUUGCGUAAUGAAAGUUAAAUAUUAAUUGUAACAGUGAACUAAAGAGCAAACAAUACAAGCAACAAAUACUAAAGGAGUUAAUGAACUGUAAUAGGCGCUUCUUGCUAACUUUCAUUAUAAGAGCAACGGGGAAGGUUGAACACUGGCGUACUUGGUUUGACACAAAUCAUAGAUAAAUGGCUAGGUGAUAAUGGAAUUCUAUACCUAGCUGCUACUAGAGGUUAAGCAACUUUUAAGUAACAAAUUUAUAGUAAACACUCACAGAUGAAUGUGCUAGUAAUAAUUGCUCCCAGAUAUGAGCUCCUACACAUUCUAAUGGCUGUACAGAAAUCUGCCAGCCUCCUGGCAAAUUUGCACGUAGAAACUGUGAAUCAGGGAGUCAUAAUAAUUGCCUUUCCUACACUUAAGAUUCUACAUGGUCACACAUUUUUUGUUCAAUAAAUGUAGCCCUGCUAGAAUGUUCAGUGUCUAUCCAUGAUGACAAUUGUAUAAGGGAGAGUGGGAGGGCUCUUCUAAGCUCCUCCCUUUCCAGCAUAUCCCCAUCUCCUUUUUGCCAUCUGUCCACAAGCUGCAGGGCAAAGUUGUAGAGCAGGAAGCUUCGGACGUAAGUUCCAUUGUUUCUUCCUAAUUUCUUCCUAGUAAGCAUGUUUAAGGAUAGCCAUGGGUGCCAAAUAUAGAGGUUAAAGGGCCUUUGACCCCCUUAAUAUGGAUAGCUCAGUUGGUUAAAGUGUGGUGCUGAUAACACCAAGGUUGCAGUUUUGAUCCCCAUAUGAGACAGUUGCAUAUUGCUGCAUUGUAGGGGGUUGGACUAUAUGAACCUCAGGGUCCCUUCCAACUGGACAAUUCUAUGAUUCUGUUAUUGCAGCUUCACAAUGCAAUCCUGUCUAUUUAUUUAUCUGUCUCUACUCAUAGAUAAGCCCCACUUAGUUCAAUGGGAAUAAGAGUAUGUAUAGGGUUGUAGCUUUGGGUUGCAAGGAUUUCUGUUUAUGCAAUGGAACCUCUCCCCCUCCUCUCUCUGUGCAUGCCCCAUGCCCUCCCCAGCAUUAUGUGUUCUCACAAAUUAUCGUGAUACCUCUUUGCAACAAACCAUCUGGAUUCUCAUAACACAUGUCAAAAUGUGCCCCCAGGCUUCUUUAACUGGUUCUUGGAAAUCUCCCCAAGCCUUUCCUCACAGUUUCAUUGACCUGGACUGUAUCCCUGUACUCUGAUAAAUGUUUCUCUAACCCUGUGCUAAGCCAUCUCUUCUACAUCAUCCCAUCCUACUAUAUUGUCCUUAGUGUCAAAGGAACAUAAACUUGCCUGAGAGUGUAUCACUAUGAUACAAUGCAAUAUUUGAUAAAAUAUAGAUUGAGGAGGGAAGGACCACAUGCAUCAUCCAUGAUGCAAUUUGACCAUGAUCCCCCCUCUCCCCCCCCCCCACAAAGCAGCAUAACGAGCUUCAGCCCUGGUUACAAUGAAAAGGUGGGAGACAAAUGUGUCUGCAGAGGCAGAGUGGACACAUUGAAAACAGUGAGUUUUCCCUACCUAAAGCCAGGAAAACAACUGGUCAUAGAAUUCCUCCUGUGACUCACACUUGACUACUCAACAGGCAAGCUAUUAAAUGCACAAUACAGGUGGCACAUUGCUAACAGGUUUGUUAUUUCCCUCACAGCUAUUUAUUUGUUAAGUGUGGAAACAAAGCAUAUCGUUUCCCCUACUUCUCUUGUAAAUUACUUCUAGAUGUGUGCAGUUAGUGCUGAUGAGGGGAAUAUUAUGUGCAAUAACAGUACAGAAUAGAGGUUAUAAAGAAACAAUGAAUCUGGGAAGUUUUGUGUGUAUGUGUGUGUGUGUGAGAGAGAGAGACACACACACACAGAGACACAGACACAUACAUAUGCACAAAAACAGAUGCAUCACAUCUAUGUUUGUUGCUGAGAGACCCAUAGCUUCAGUGUUCCCAUUGUGCUUUGACACACUGGGGUCAAGCCUGUUGAAAUAUAGAUUUGUGGACCUCAUUCAGAUACCUGGCCUCUGUCUCUUCAGACAGCAUUAACAGGGCUCUAGCGGUGCUCUCAAUGCAAUAUUAAUGUAGCAAUCCAUUCCACUCACAAUGGUCCAUUUUCAUUUUUAAUAGGGACAGCUCUGUCAUCCCUGCGAUACCUAUUUUCCUGUCAAGCUAUUUAUUUUCCUUACCUCCUUGCCUAUGGACUUUAUUUGUUGUGCACCUAUUUUUGGCUCCUUCUUUAUGGCCACCCUGGAAGCCAUCCCUUUUCGGACUCCUGCUGCUAUUCUGCUCUGUAUAUGGGAGAUGGCAUUUCAUAGCACGGCGUCAUAGGCAGAGGUGCAUGAGGCAAAAGUAGGAGAGCCCAAAACUUUAUAGAUACUCUGGUGGCAAUGAAAACAUUCUUAUGACUCUUGAGGUGCCAUUUCUCUUGACGAGGGAUGGGUAGCUAACUCCAUACCAUUUCAGUCUCUCUGAUGCUCAAACAUAGGUCUAUUUUGUCCCUUUGUACAGAUCUUUUGAAAGUUAGUGCAAGGUUUGCAUUUAAGUUCUGCACAUUUGGUAUGUCCUUUUUAAAACACCUGCUUUUAAAAGCGUGCCCUUUUCAAUAUGGCCUGGUCCCUGGGUACCUGAAAUAUACUUUUCAGAACAGAGCUUGCCCCCACCCUCAGCUCUUUCUGGUGGGAUGCUUGUCAAUGACAGCUGGACCAAAAUAUUCUCUAUUGGCAUGAUUGUGCAUGAGGGAAAUAUACUUAUUUACAUUUGAAUGGUCUCACUGUGGGCUCAGAGCAACAGGUGGCGCAUAAUAGAACUUGGUGGGGGAAGAAGAUGGAUUGGGCCAAGCCUGGUGCCCCAAGUUGGAAUCAGUUGGAUUCCACACAACAACAAAAAACACAAUUUUAUUUUUAUUUAUUAAAUUUCUAUACUGCCCUUCAUUCGAAGAUCACCGGCUGGUUUGCAAUAAAAAAUCUCAAAAAAUACAUACCGUCAAACAAAAUAACCACUCCCCACAGUUUAAAAGGCCAUAGAUUAUUUAAUUGUCCAAAGGUAAAAUAGUCCCUCCCCCAAUUUCUAGUCCCUUAUAUUGAGGGUUGACUCCUUCCACUAGAAACUUUGAGAAGACUUUCUCAUUUGUAUUAAAAACUGAUACAAGAUAACCUUCAGUCCAAAGGGCCUGGAGUUCCAUUUAUCCUUACUUAACUUUUAUUUCUCUGCUUUGAUUGUAUUGGCUGUUUUGCUCUGAUGUCACAGAAUCAGGGGUCCACUUCUUUCAACAAAUUAAUCCUUUAUAUAAGUAUGGCACUGGAGAACCUAAUGUAGGCACCAAGUAUCACAAUACUGCCUACAGCUUAUCUGUCAGGAUUUUGGAAUCUUUGAGUAGGGCUGUUGGUUUAUAAGCUUGGAUUCUGAAUUCUGAAAUCAGGGAACUUUGCAGUAACACAGAUCUGCAGUUUAUUUAAAUUAUGGAAGAGGAGCCUGUGUAUCCCUCCAUAUGUUGCUGAAUUACAGGUCCCAUCAUUCCCGUCCCCUGGCUGGUGCUGAUAGAAGUUGGAAUCCAGAAUCAUCUGGAGGGCCACAGGUUCCCCCUCCCUGAUUUACCCUAUGGACGUUUAGAUGCAGAUUGGUUGAAUGGCCUUGGCCUCUAGUCUUUAGCCAAUAAUGCACAUUUCCUAUUUACUGAGUAGAAUGUAAAAUUUAUUCUCAUGGACUGAUCUCUUUUUAAAGUUGCUCCCUUGGGACUUGAUUAAUUCAGUCUGAUGGCAGCCCAUUUCAUUACAGUACAAUUAGCAACAUGGGGCAGUCAGUCUAAAAUUGGGGAUGAUGCUUGAGCUUUAACAAUUUUCAUUUCUCAUGCUGACAAGAUAAGGGAUUAAGAGCUUCUUAAUGUGGAUAGCUCACUGUCAUGAAUACCAUGCCUAGUUGCAUGAAAUAAUCCUACUUGGCUAAAGAAGCAAGAUGUGAUAUAUAAUGAGAUCUUAAUGUAAAUUUGAGCAACUGGCAUUCAUACCGGAACUGAAGAUCUGAGGUGCUGGUACAUAUCUAUUGCCUUUCGCCUGGUCAUGUACACUACUACACUGUGUACAUUAGGCUCAGCUUCUAGAAAUCACAGUAGUAGAGAGAUACAUUUUCUGACAUCUCUUACUGCUAUCCAGCAUUUCUGUAGGACUUUACAUUAUCCUCCAGAUUAUUUCACAUAGUUAUGGUCAAUAUUAUCUCCACACUGUGGGCUUUUUUGCAUAACAAGGUGGUGCUUCCAAGUUCAUAAUUUCAUCUCUUCUUGGUCAUGGUGAAACAAAGGACUGUGGUACCAUUGAUUUCUUUUUUCAUAUAUAGCAGCAAUGUGCUUUACAACCACAUCUUCUAAAUUCAUCUUCUAAAUGGCCCUUGAUAAUAGGACAGUGUUAUUUCAAUUAGAUGGGGAACUGAGACACAGUCACUUGCUGAACUCUUUGCAAUGGAUCUAGGACAGAAGUGUGGAGCCUCAAGUCAUUGGACCACAGCCAUUCUAUACAUAUUACAUGGCAGAUAACCCCAGUUUGCAACUGAGUGUAUACCUGACAGAGAGCUACACUCAAUCCUGGCUUUCUGCUAAGUAUCCAUAUCACUCACAGUAUGUUUCCCUCAUUGACAAAUCACAUUUUAGGUGUUUUGGGGGCUUAACAAAUUUCAAUUCUUCACAUUCAAGUUUAAUAUGUUACGUUUUUGAAACCAUAUGUGUGAAGUCACUUCUCUUAAUUCAUCUCUCCUCAAAACUCACCUGUACUGUGACGUUUUUGGCACAACACUUAGAUCCAGUACCCUACCACAGAGGCAGCCAAUGUGGUGGCCUUCAAAUGCUGUUGGACUCCAGCUCUCAUCAUUCCUGGCCAUUGUCAAUGCUUACUGGGGCUCAUGGGUGUUGGGGUCCAACAAGAUCUGGAAGGCACCACAUUGGCCUGCCCUACCAUAACUAAGCAUAAGUAUUUGUUGUUGUUUAGUCGUUUAGCCGUGUCUGACUCUUCGUGACCCCAUGCACCAGAGCACGCCAGGCACUCCUGUCUUCCACUGCCUCCCGCAUAAGUAUACAUAUGUGAAAUAAACUCAUAUUUUACCCUCACCUAUCUUUGUUUCCAUCUUUCUACUUUCUUCUUUUGUCCCUCUGUGUCCAAUUUUAGACAGAACAGAGACCUAUCCACCUAUAUUUUAAAGCACCAUGCACAAUGAUUAUCAGUAUUCAUUGUUGUUGUUUAGUUGUUUAGUCGUAUCUGACUCUUCAUGACCCCAUGGACCAGAGCACGCCAGGCACUCCUGUCUUCCACUGCCUCCCGCAGUUUGGUCAAACUCAUGCUGGUAGCUUCGAGAACACUAACCAACCAUCUCGUCCUCUGUCGUCCCCUUCUCCUUGUGCCCUCAAUCUUUCCCAACAUCAGGGUCUUUUCCAGGGAGUCUUCUCUUCUCAUGAGGUGGCUAAAGUAUUGGAGCCUCAGCUUCACGAUCUGUCCUUCCAGUGAGAACUCAGGGCUGAUUUUCUUAAGAAUGGAUAGGUUUGAUCUUCUUGCAGUCCAUGGGACUCUCAAGAGUCUCCUCCAGCACCAUAAUUCAAAAAUUCAGUAUUCAUUACCAGUAUUAUUAAACAGGCCUUUAGUUAGUUAUUGAAGAUGUCCCAGAAUACCAGCUUUUGCCUUUAAAUUACAAGAGAGAGAGUGCACCUUACCAAUAAAUUAUAUUACAGAAUGCAUCUAAAACAGCAGUGCAUGAUCUGUGGCUCUCCAAAUAUCGCUGCACUCCAAGUCCUAUCAUCCCCAGCCAGCAUGGCCAAUGAUCAGGAUUCAUUGGAGUUGGAGUUCAAACUGGUUUCCCAUCCACGAUCAAAAACAUGUUAUAAUUGCAUUGUUGAGAAUAUAAUGUCUUCUGCUACAUAGCCACACAAUCUAAUUUUGUGUGGCUAUGUAGCAUGGUGAUUGCCAUAAUCAGUGGAGGAAGGGAACUCCAUCUGCAUUACCCUUCCUAUGUUGGUUCCUGAACUCUUUUCUUGGAAUCCUUUAGAAAUCGUUCCCAUUUCUAUUCAGAACACUUGUCAGAAAGAUUAUCACUUCAAGUGAAGCCCUUAACCCAGUGACUCCACUUCGGAAAUAAUGUUUAUUCAUAAAGAGAAUAAUGAGCAAUGUUUAUUUAUAAGUAUGAGGUGGCAUGAUGAGCUAUAUUAUGCAAAUUGUCAUCCAGGAAAUGUAGCAAUAUUCUCAGUAAAAUGGACAAGAACACCAAUUUGCGAUCUUCCUCUGCAAAUGGGUUCUGCCCUUGGAUGGCAGGCAGCAAAAUGAAGAGCAAAGUGCUUUACUUGCUAAGCAGAGUGGGCUGGGUGAACAUUUAUUUGGCUACAGGACCUGGAACCCAAAGAACGCUGCUCCUUCCUUUUGAAUUUAUGGCCUAAUCUAAUGCAUGCUCAUGUUAAAAUUAAGUAUCAUUGGAUUAAAUGGGACUUACUCCCAAGUUAGUGUGCAUAGGAUUGCAACUGUUGUUUUUUAGUCGUUUAGUCAUGUCCGACUCUUCAUGACCCCAUGGACCAGAGCACACCAGGCACUCCUGUCCUCCACUGCCUCCCACAGCUUGGCCAAAGUCAUGUUGGUGGCUUCGAGAACACUGUCCAACCAUCUCGUCUUCUGUCGUUCCAGCUGGCAGUAAAUCACACCAUUCAAAGUUGGAGUUAAUUCUUCAUUAUCAUAAACAUAAUCUUCACAGACUUGGUUGAGUAUUAGGCCUAAUUAGCACAGCAGCUCAUCCCCGGUAGGUCUUAGUUGCCAAUACUGAAAGUCCCCACCUCCCCACAGUCAUCUGCGUUCCCUCAUCUCCAGGGCUUGUUCCAGCAAUCAGAGACUGCACCUGUGUGCAGCCUAGCACUGUUCCACCCCUUUCAGCCCUCUUUUGGUUCUGGUAGACGGGGUGGGUGGGCACUUGUCACAAUACGAAGGGAAAAUACCCAUGACUCUUCACCAGCCCGACUCAUCUCUGCCUCUUGCCCUCUCUCCUCCCACUUGCUUUAUUCUGGACUUCUCUCUGCCUCAGAGUCUCCCAGCUCACUAAGUCCCAUUAUUUCUUCAGCUUCCAACACUUCUUCUUCUCAGUCUUCUUCUUCUUCUCCCUCUGAUCACUCAUCAUUGUCCUGCCACUACUCCCCAGGCUCUGAGCCUUCUUUCCUUGGUGGUUCCUCAGCUGGUUCCUCCCCACAUUCCUCUACGUUCAACCAGUCCAUGACACCACCAUGUGUAUAGACCCAAUAUAUACUACUGAGAGGAACAGAACUUUUUGUGUGAGCUGUGAGCCACCUAAUCAUUGAAAACCUGACAUGUAAGUAUAUUUUUGAUGCUGACUAAGGAGGGGGGGGGGCUUGUUUAGUGAGGAAAUAACAUGGCCCCAAAUCCUUUGAACUUUUUUCUGUUCCUUCUGGUUUACUAUUAUGCUUUGUGAGAUAAGUUUGAAGUAAAUAGGACAUGGGCUUUAGGAAAGAGAACAUCUUUAUCUCUGUAAAAUCUGAAUCAUAAAUUUACCUUAAAAGUGAUCUUCACUAUCUGUUUGGAGUAUGGUUCCUGCUUACAGUUAACAAACAGUUAACUCCUUGGCAAAUAUGUGAAUUCCUACUCUGAUCUCUUAUUUAACAAUUAGGGUCAUGAUGCUAGCUGUUCUUUACAGAUCUUGUAGGAGGUAGCAGCUUGUACCAGGUGACCAAUGGCUCAUAAGGGGUGUAUUUUAUAUUAACUAUCAGCUAUUCUAAUGCCAUGGUCUAUAGAAAUAAACUAUGUUAAAAGUCUAGACUAGCACCUGUUACAUCAGUAAGAAUCCAUACAGGUAUCACAAAAUUGAUAAGGGGAAAUUUAAAGGAAACAGGAUAAAGAGUUGAACUGAAAGACAACUUUCACAUGGUAGAAAAUAAACCACUGGGUCCCCAGAACUUUGAAACUCAGGCUGUUUCAAUAUUUUCAUUAGCAAUGCUAAGUGGGCAACAAAAGUAAAAUUGUACAAAUGCUUUUGUGAUAGUGCCAAGAAAGAAGUGGGUUGUCUAAAAGUGUUAUGAAUACGGAAUCAGAUUAAAUUAAAUAGACUAACACCAUUUAGUAAAAUUGAUCUUAUGUUUGUGCAAAUUGAACGACUAGGCUUUCAAUUAUAUGGGGCUUCUGGAGCUGUCCUUGGGCUCUAUUGUUUGACAUUUUGCAGCAAGAGCUGUUUUCCACUAAAAAAAGGACUGUAUAAUUCACAAGACCUUGACCAUGAUCAGCACAUGAAUAAUGAACUCAGACUCAUAUGUAUUUUAUAGCCCAUUCCUAAGUAUGUUUAUUAGAAGUAACUGUCAUGGUUUUUCAAGGACUGUCCACUUGGAAGUAAAUCUCAUUGAUUUGUUUGGCGUUUACUCCUAGGUAAGUAGAUAAACAACUACAUUGUUAGUCUAUCUAAUGGCCUACAGUUUUAAAGUAGGAUAAUAUUUAGCUUAAAAACAUGUAGCUGGGGAAUGAUGUUACUUCUUCAGUGACAAAUCAAGGGUACACAUUAUGCUUUAAAAAAGAAUCACAAUGUUAGUAUGUUGAAAAGGAAUAGAAAUUUGAGUCGUCCCUGACUCUGAUAGGAUUCCCAGCAAGCCAGCUUAAAAUACAAUGGGAGUGACCUAAAUAAAUUGGGGCCCCAUCCUAAUUUGCUAAAUUUGACCUAGAUUCCAGGUACCUGCAGUGCCAGCUGUCAUACUUUGGUACCAGAUUCUAGAGUUAUUAAUAUACUCUGAAUGUUAAAAUCCUAAACAUUUUAGUAGAUGUCAAAGAAGCAUGAUGAGAACCCAAUGGAAAUGGCUUCUCUUUCUGUGUUGCAAACCUAAGGCAGUGGAAGCAAGGUGAAAUGUGUGCACUUAAUGUUAUGAAUCAACUGUCAGACAAUUACUGCUUUUCUUCUAUCUGAACCAUUAGAAAUAAACAGCGAAAGCCAGCAACUGGUUGCUUAAGACAGGGGCUGUAAUUAAAAGUCUGAUUCUUUCUGCAUGUGUACGCAAGCAAGGAACGUUAAUUACUGAUUAACAGGGGUUGAGAUGAGCUUGGGCAUGAGGCGAGACUGCCUUGUCCAGCCCAAUACUGUAGAACAUUUUUCACCAAGGAAACACGAAGAAGCAAGCUGAAUUUGUCCAACUUUCUAUAGCAUUGGCAACAGAAGGUAGGAAUACAUUUGGCAAAGUUCUUAUAAACUAAGAAGCUGAAUAAACGAAAACGCAGGGGCAGGAAUUGGGACUAGCAAUAAUGGAACAGAGGGAAGACAAAUUCUGGGAACUGGUGGCCCAGGGUUUUAAUGAUGUGAGGUCAUCACAGGAAGCCUCAGUUCCUGCCUCUGAUUGGGUUAAAUCUUUCUCCAAUAUAUUUGGUGGUCAAACUGAGCAACCACAUGUCCCAGCAGUGUAUAAAGAUUUCUGAAACCUGACUGAAUGGCAACCAUUCUCCUGUAAUGACACAAAGGCCCUUAUUUCUUGCCUGAAAUCAAAUAAAGCUCCUGGAGAAGAUAUGCUCCCACCUUGUGCUCUAUAAUGAAUACAUAGAAUGAUGGAUGCCUAUCCUGGCUGGCUUAUUUACCACCAUAAACAACAAGCGCCAAAUGCCCUCUGGAUGGAAAAUGGGUAUCAUUUUCCUGAUUUAUAAGAAAAUAUAUAAGAAUGAUCCACAAAACUGCCAGCCAAUUAACAUGCUAGAUAUCGCCUCAAAGCUAUUUUCAUGGUAUCUCCUUCCACAUUGUUCAUGAAGAACAAGUGGGGUUCAGAGGAGGACACAGUAGCAUUGAACAGUUUUUUACUCUUCAAGGUACAAGUAGAUAAACAGGUACCGCUCCAGCAGGAAGGUAAACGGCAUUUCUGUGCGCUGCUCUGGUUCGCCAGAAGCGGCUUAGUCAUGCUGGCCACAUGACCCGGAAGCUGUACGCCGGCUCCCUCGGCCAACAAAGCGAGAUGAGUGCCACAACCCCAGAGUCAGCCACGACUGGACCUAAUGCUCAGGGGUCCCUUUACCUUUAUACUAAGAACAAUAAGCCUUUAUGUAGCCUUUAUUGACCUUUCUGCUGCAUUUGACUCUAUUAUUUGAAAUAGGCUGUGGAAGAAACUUCAGAUUGCCAACAUCAACUGAAGACUUCUGCUAUUGGUCCAAGAACUAUACAAGGACACAGAAAAUAUUAAUCUUCUACAUUAAUGAUAGAGUGCCAUAUUUAGCCAAUGCAAACUCACACUUCCAGUAAUUAGGAACAGAAAGAUACUAAUCUUAAUGUAUGCAGAUGAUUUAGUGCUCAUCUCUCUUUCUGGAUUGGGCCUCACUAAUCUCUUGGAGGUGUUCAGCAUACUGUAAACAGGAAAGCCUAUGUAUAAAUUACUGUAAGAAUCAAUAUUGUGAUUUUUGGUAGAUACAGUCCUAGGUAUAGAUGGUGCUUGGAUCAGUAAGCUAUAGAACAGGCAUAGGUAAACUCUGUGCUCCAGAUGUUUUGAGACUACAAUUCCCAUCAUCCCUGAUCACUGGUCCUGUUAGGUAGGGAUGAUGGGAGUUGUAGUCCCAAAACAAGAGCCAGUGUGGUGUAGUGGUUAAGAGCGAUAGACUCAUAAUCUGGGGAACCAGGUUCGCGUCUCCGCUCCCCCACAUGCAGCUGCUGGGUGACCUUGGGCUAGUCAAACUUCUCUGAAGUCUCUCAGCCCCACUCACCUCACAGAGUGUUUGUUGUGGGGGAGGAAGGGAGAGGAGAAUGUUAGCUGCUUUGAGACUCCUUCGGGUAGUGAUAAAGCGGGCUAUCAAAUCCAAACUCUUCUUCUUCUUCAAAACAUCUGGAGGGCCAAGUUUGCCUAUGCCUGCUAUAGAACAAACUCAUUUAUUUAGAUAUCUUGGUGUACUCUUUAAUGAAUCCUCUCUUGGAAGUGUCAUAUGGAGGCAGUGAAAGUCAAAGCACAGAAAACCAUAGGGGCAUUGGUGAAGUUCUAUUACAAUAAGGAAAGGCCCUGAAGAUCUUUGGUAGCAAAAUGCUUACUCAAAUGUUCUAUGGCAUUGAAAUUUGGGGCUCUGAUUCAAACUCCAUUUAAGUGCAGUAGCUAUAUUUUGUACCAUCAGGAAUGCCAGUGGCUCUUCUUUGUACUGAAUCCAGGUGGCCAACAAUUAAGGGAAGAGCGUACUGUGCUCAGUUAAAGUUUAUUUUAAAAAUUGCUACUAUGCCUAUGGAGCAUUCACUAGUGUUAUGAUAUAUGGAAUUGGGUGGUAACCAACUCUGGUAAACAGAGUUGGCUGAUUCUUGGUCAAUUUUGUGUGGCACCCAUGUGUGUGUGUAAAACUUAUUUAUUUAUUUUUUUGACUCACUGUUACAUCAGACUGCAGAGCAUCAAGGUUCUUAGGCAAAAGUCUCUCACUUCACCCACUACCUAGAGAUGCUAUUCUGCAAAGCCUUCUGCAUUUAGAAGGAUGGCUGGGCCUGAUCCUUCAAAACCACUAAGUCUAAUCCCUAGCAUAUUUGCUUCUCACUGCAGGAAACAAAACAAAACAAUCCUUUCCCAUAUCUGAGUUACAGUCUGAUGCUCUUGAGAUUCAUUUGUACAAUAGGAAAACUUUGUGAAUCUGUCCCGCAAAACUGUCAAAUGUUAGGGAAAUCAAACCUAUUGCACAGCAGCACAUUAUAUCUGUGAAUUUUAUUUUCAUUGCCAUCAGGUAAUACACUUUUGAUCAAAUAAGACAGAGGAGGGCCUUCCAAGGAAACUCAGAAGUGGUACUGGUAGAUAGCUAUGUGCUCUCCCUACCAGAUGUUCUCCAAUAGGUAGGGGAUGCUGACAGAUAGAUGACAGCUCUAGGCAACACACAGGCUGUCAAAAUUUCCUUCUGGACAGACUGUGGUGUUCUCACCUAUUUAUGACAGUUCUGUUAAGCAUAUUUUAACUUCCAUUUUAAGCUGUCUCCUGCAGACUCCAUUUUAAGAAGUGGAAAAUGUAAGAGUGCAAGUUUACCCCUGACAAAAGAGAUAGAGGUUUGUUCCCCUCCUAAAUGUCAACAUCAGUGGCUGGAUUGCUCAGUCAGCAGAGCAUGAGACUCUUAAUCCCAGGGUUGUGGGUUCAAGCCCCACAUUGGGUGAAAGAUUCCUGUAAUUUAGUGGCUUGGACUAGACGAUCCGCAUGGCCCCUUCCAACUAACUCUACAUUUAUAUCUAUUUACCCACAGAUAUAAUUUGCCUCAAUAUUUGCCUAAAUAAUAAUAUGCACCUCCUUUUUCUCAGUUCCAGUAUUUAUUUCUUUGAAAUCUUUAUCUACACUCAUGCAUAGUCUACUUUGGCGCAGAAAGGACCCCUUUUCAUUUUAUUUCUUUUACAGAGAAAAUGUUGCUAACUCAUGGCAGGCACUUAAAUACCUAUGGCAUCUGUCCCUUCCUCUCUGAUUCUGGUGAAUGACAUAGCCACAACAUCCAGAACACUAAGGCUUUGGAAAUCAUGGGGAAAAGAAGGGUUACUCUCUCAAGGCAUUUAUGGUUGUUGUGAAGCUGAAUAAUAUAAUUUGUGUAAGAAAAUAUAUUUUGAUCUUGUAUUUUUCAAAAGCGUAGGCUUGCCAAUGUCACUUUUUUAUUUUAAUAUUUGGGUCACUGUUCUCUGAUAGCUUCAGAAGAGGAACUUCAGCUGUGUUGCAACCACUGUAGUUUGGCCUUCCCUGAGAGCUGGUGACUGGCCCAAGAUCACAUAGUAAAAUUGAUGGCUUCCCACCUCACUCUCCACACAAACACACAAAGCAUGGCUGGAAACAGUACCAAUAGUCUGCUUCUGUUGUGAUCCGUGCAUAGGCAGAUUCAGUGUUGGUGCCAGGCUACUUGGUGCCCUAGGCAAGGCUAAGUACUUGCACAGCCACACCCUAAAUAGCUAACUUCAGUUUUCAAAAACAGAUGUCUUGUAGAAAUGAUAAACUUCUUCAAAAUAUAAAAGCAAAAUAUUACCAGAAAUUUAUAACAAAAACUAAUCUGUCACUUACUUCUAACUAAAUGUGUGUAGGACUUGGUUGUGAAGCUGUUUGUUUGUUUACUUUGACCCUCUUCCAAUUUCCCUCCAUUAACAUUUCCACAGCUGGUCUAAUUACCAAUCUUGAGUCCACAUUUGUGUGUGUUUGUGUGUGUGUUUAAAGAGCUGUAUGGUAUACUUAGAAAAUUGCUUGCAUUUUCAUCCAUGAAUUUCUCCGACACUGAGACUUGAUCCAUAAUUAUGGGAGCCAUCAUCAGCCACAUUAUUUUAAUUCCCCUUUUGCUGGCCUCUUUUUAAUUAGGUCUAUGUCUAGCCUUUUAUACUCUUUUAUUCUAAAUUCAGCAGUCACGUCCCCCUGCUUUUGUAUGUGUUGAGCUGGAUUCUAUUAAAUACCCCAUUGAUUUUAAAAUCCUGACUUUUAACAUUUAAAAGUUUAUAUGCCUUUUGCUCCCUGGUAUUUAGCAGAAGUGAGAAUGUGAGAUUUCCUCUUUUUUUCCCCCCUUCCAUUAAAGGGCAAGAAUUUAUUUUAUGGUCCAAAUCCCCUGGAUUUUGGGAGAGCCUAUUUCAGCAAUGUCCUUCCAGAAGUUACUGGAGAAAAGAAUCCCCUUCUAAGUAAAGGCUCCUUCAAUGCUCUGCUGCGAGUAAAGCUCGGAAGUCCAGCUCCCAGGGCCUUCUGGUGGUUCCCUCAUUGCGAGAAGUGAGGUUACAGGGAACCAGGCAGAGGGCCUUCUCGGUAGUGGCGCCCGCUCUGUGGAACACCCUCCCAUCAGAUGUCAAGGAAAUAAACAACAAUCUGACAUUUAGAAGACAGCCCUGUUUAGGGAAGUGUUUAAUGUUUGAUGUUUUAUCGCAAUUUUAAUAUUCUGUUGGGAGCUGCCCAGAGUGGCAGGGUAUAAAUAUAUUAUUAUUAUUAUUAUUAUUAUUAUUAUUAUUAUUAUUAUGCAACCUAGCUAAGGACUUGCAGGGUAGGUUGAAUGGCACACAUUGCUCUGUCCUCCAACACUUCAGCACCCCCGGCAUCUACCAGCUAGCAGCUGUCUCAGUCUGCCUCAUGGUAGCACCCCUCUUUCUUAUUCCUUUACAAAUGAAAAAUAUUCUCAUUUGCUUAACGCUGACAUUAUCUAAGGCCCAUCUUAUGCUUUCAUGCAGAUGCUGUUUUUUUAAAAAAAAUGUAUGUCUUUGUUGGCACUCUAUACAUUAGAGCAUUUGUUGUUGUUGUUGUUUAAUGAAAAAUACUUGCUGCUUGUACAUUGGUCCAUAGAUGCCUGUGCUUAUCAGUGCAGGCACUCCUAGGGGUAUACAGACACUGCAUGAGUAUGGGACAACAUACAGGGUAAGUGGGAUUUAAAAGUUAUGCUGACUGUGAGAAGUGCAAACACGGAUAAGUGCAUUGUGGCUGUCUCCGCAGGGAGUAGGUCAUAACAUUCAAAUCAGCCAUCAGCCAUACUGAUGAGAAACAAAGGAUUAGGAUGCAAAUGCAUAAAUGGGUAACUUCAAAAUUACUAAAGCAAACAUCAAGGAGUGAAUUAGACUGUUGAGAAGGAAGGGAUGGAAUUGAAAUGUUCAGCAGCAGUCAGGGCUGGAUUUAGAUGAAGAGAGCCCCUAGGCUACUCCACUUGUGAGGCCCCUCCCCAGCCGCAGGCCUAGGCUGGCCGGGUCUUCCUGUUAUAUACCUGCUAGGAUUGACAAGGUAUCUGACCCUCACUUGAAUCUCAUAGCUCUCCUGACGAGUGCUUUGGUCUGCCCACCAGAUACCAGGCACUCUACUAUUCUAAUUAGGCCCCAGUGUUUUUGUUACAAUCCCCUUCUCAAUUAAGUAAUCAAUUUUAAUCUAGAAUUUAAAUUCUCAAAACUUUCUUAUUUGUUAAUUUGAGCAAGUAAACUACUGCUCUAACUUCAUUACAAACAGUAUUUCUACCUGCAACCCACUUGAACAAACCUGCUCCUCUUCCUUUCCCAGCUAUUUUGUUGCCAUUUGCAACUGUAACUGCCUCUGAUUACUUAUCAUUUAACUCUUGGGGAAAAUAAUUAGCAUCACACGUCAUGUGCAUGGAAGUUGCAGAACCAAUUAACCAACUAGAAGGAUUCCUGUUAAUAGCACCAGUUUUCCUAUAACUUGAGAUUGCUGGAUAGUUUUGAUGAACCGCAAAAGCAUUUUUAGUUUUCUUUCUGUUGCCACCCUGAACUUUUCUUUAUUAGUACUGCUUUGUUUUGUACGAUUCCUUGCAAAUGAAGGAAAACAACUUUUCUGCUCAUAUGUGUUGAUAAUAUAAUUUUGGUUACUGAGGACAAACAAGAUUGUACAAAAACAAGAUUGGAUGCAGGCCUGGCCAGGACAUAGGCAUCCUGACUGUGACAAAGGUGACCUGUGUGCUUGCUUGAUUAACAGCUGUUGGGAACUUCAAGGUCCCUGCUCUCCCUUCUUAUGGUCUUUGUACUGGACCUGGAGACUUCAAUAGAGAGCAUUCCAUAUCAAGAGGGAGGGCAAGUGGGCACCCAAUCAAAUGACAGGGCAGGAGCUACAUGGAACAGGGCCUUUUCACUGGUGGUGCCCAUUGUAUGCCUCGCUCUUUCCAGACCUGUUCUCUUUUGGCCUGUAUUUUGGAAUGCUUCAGGCUGAGCUGAAGCAUUCCCUGCUUUCAGAAUAGGGAUUGCUGUUUGGUAGUACCCAAUUGGUUAGCAGUCAGAUUCUAGAGCUCCCUAUUGGUAGCUCUUAGGUAAUUCACAAAAUACAGAGUCCAUUCAUAAAACACAGUGUUUAUUCAUAAAGCAGUAACAUAAAUCUCCAUUGCUACAUAUUGAGUGUGUAUUUCAGCGGUUGAACAUACAGGUUUAUGGCCAUGCUGUAGUGCUUAUGUGACUGUGAAUAAAAGGUGGCUGGGCUCAUUGUCUCGGGGUUUGGGGGGGCAGAGGUGACAAAACUGAUUUCCAAUAAGUGCCCCCUUUAUUUCCAUAACAAGUCCUUUAGUCUGUGCUCUGAAUAGUAACACCAGGGACCAGUCCAACCCUUGCACAGUCUCAUCAGGGCUGAUAUUAAGGCAAUUGGAGGAAUUUGGCCAAAUUGGGACCCACCCCCCACCCCCCGCUCCAGGGCAAUCUAGAUGGCUUUUAUUUAUAUCUAUAAGAUUUUGCAGACUUUGGCUGUGAACUGGGGCCCUACAAAAAAAAUAUUCAAGUUGUGCCCCACUGCUUCAAAUUGGGCCCCACUGGCUAGCCCUGAGUCUCAUUGUUGCUGGGCCUGAGUUGCCCUGCCCUUGCAUGAAGUCUUGGGUUUGCAAUUUUGGGAUAGGGGAGACUGCGGCACUGGGGAGUGGGCAGGCUGGCGAGGCCCCCUAGAUUUAGAGGCCCGAGUUGUCCUGCCCUCACAUGAAGUAUUGGGUUUGCAAUUUUGGGAGAGGGGCAACUGUGGCACUGGGGAGAGGGCAGGCUGCUGAGGCCCCCUAGAUUUAGAGGCCCGAGUUGUCCUGCCCUCACAUGAAGCCUUGGGUUUGCAAUUUUGGGAGAGGGGAGAUUGCCUGCUGGGGAAUGGGCUGGCCGGCGAGGCCCCCUAGAUUUAGAGGCCUAGGCUUCAGCCUGCUUACCAUAUACAUAAAUCUGGCACUGGUGGCAGUUUUGCAACUCCUUCCAGCUCACUGUCAGAGCAAGUCCCCGGGGAAAAGGAAAUGGGUGGAAUUAGACCAUUAAUGUCACAGAAAGGACUCAACGGCACCAGAGCCUCAGUGCAGUGAGUUGCCUGAGAUCAGUGCAACUGGAGAGGCAAUUGAGCUUGGCAAUUAGGAUUGGCCAGUGAGUUUCUGACAACAUGAUUUUCAAAAAUAGCAACGUAAUCAACAAUGGGACUGUUGUUUACUAUCUUUCUAGAAAACACUGGUGUUCUGAUGCAUGAUGUGUGUCUCCCACAAGAGGUUUGUAGCACUAUGGUUGCCGUUCCAUUGGAAUUCUGUACCAAAAGAGCCUAUAUAGAAAUAAUACAUUUAUCUGGACCCUCCACUCCUAUGCCUCCCUAAUAGCUUUUGGGUCUGUCCUUCACCUCCCCAGCUUGCCUGCAUUUCAAUAGCUAAGGAUUCUAGGUAGUGCUAUUUUUCUAGAAAAAGAGGUGCUGGAACACUUCAUGAAUACCUUCCUUGUUCUCUUAUAAUGGCAAUGGCACCCAACAGAGAGGUGCCAGAACUGAGUUUUGGCAAGUUCCAGCUGGAAAAAAAGCCCUAAUUCUAGGUCAGUGAGAAGUGGGAUUCUCACACAAAUCCAAGCUUGCAUUUUGUAAGGUUAUUUAGUAGCAAGAACAGAGGUCUCCAUUUGCAAAAAUAAAAGAGCCAAAUAACUUUAUUUAUUUAUUAGCCCUGUGCUCAGAGAAACACUCACACACUUGGUUAGGCAUGGCCAUGAAACCUAUAAGACAGAUUUAUUAGGAGCAGGUCUUUCAUUAUCUAAUUACAACACCCAAUAAUUGCACAUCUUCAAUAGUCAGGAGCAAUUGAUUUCCUCUGCCCCCCCCCCCCAAUCUCUUCAGCACUGCAGAGCUCUGUGCCACACAUUCAAGUCAGGCACUUAUUUAUUUAUGCAUAUGGCUUGCGUAUCUCAAGGCUAAAGGCAUACAUUUUUAACAACUGAAAUAUUCCCAAAGGAAGGAGGAUGAGGAAAGGUUCCUUUCUGAACCUCUCCUGCGCUAUCCCUUGUUUAUCUGCUCAUUACCAUGACUGAAAAUGGAUUUGUCAGGAGAAAUGUAAUUUAAGAAAUGGAAACAGGAGCAUAUAGAGGGCAUCUUGAUAACUUAGCUGCAGUCACACACCUGUUUUUUCCCCCUUGGUUUGUUGAGAAUUCAUCCCCUCUCCGCUUAGUAUCCCCCCUCCUUUCAAAACAUGAAGACUCUUGCAUGACUAGUCUGAAUAAAUAGUCAUUCAUUCCCUUAUUUGGACACAUUCUGAUUCACGACAAAACCAAGGCACCCCUAAGGGAGUUGAACAGUUGAGCAGAACCUCUUCUGGCUCUCAGCACCUUUCAGGGGAUCAGCUUUCAGAGCAGUACCAAUAUACAGAGAAAGAAACACCACACAGCUGACUGGUCCAUUGCAAUAAACUAUUAGGUACAGGAAUGUCACCAGGACCUCUUGAAUAGCCGUUGUGUUUGUUGUAAUUGAUUGGUUAAAUUCUAUUAAAUUCAUCUGACAAUCACAGGGUGGCUUACAAUAUAAAAACAAAAAAUGCAUAUGAUGAUAACAAACAACAACUGUGACUGUGGAGACCAAUUCUGAAUUCACACAUUCUUCCACAGUGGGGACAUAGGUUUCCAGGCAGGAGUUGAUCACAGUGAGGGUUUGCCAAGCAUGUCUUCCUCUUAGCACGUUUCUCCCUUUCGUCCUGAGUUCAAGUGUCUUCAAAGCCCAUGACACCUUUGGUAAAGACUGUUCUCCAAUUGGAGCGUUCGCAGGCCAGUGUUUCCCAGUUGUCGGUGUUUAUACUACAUUUUUUUAAGAUUUGCCUUGAGAGAGUCUUUGAACCUCUUCUGUUGACCACCAGCAUGAAGCUUUCCAUUUUUAAGUUUGGAAUAGAGUAGUUGCUUUGGAAUAGUUGCCUAUUCCUAGAGGUUACCUGUGCCUAGGUGGCAGAAGUUAGGCUAGUCCUGUCCAGAUGAUGGCACAGCUGGACUACUAGCUGAAGGCACUCUGUGCCAAUGAGACCACCUAAGCCUCAAGCAACAGCAGUGGCUCCAAAAGUAAGCAAAACUUCCAAUACUUUUUAGUUCAGUUCUUUUCCCUCUUCCCCUUGACUAGCAGAAGCAGCAUAAAUUAUGCAAAAUGAGCCUAUAUAUGUAAAUAUGCUAAAUAUGCAUAAUUUAAAUUAAAGAAUGUGGCUUUUGUUGACAUAGAAUAUAAUCACCUUUGGAGAAUAAUUUGUUUUUAAUUUUUUAAGGGUUCAGAACACACAGCUCUGGCCUCAAUUGGAGCAGGCAUUGGCUGAGAUAUGUACCUUUCAGUAUUGAAAUUUGCCUGUCACUUCUGCCUUUAAAGGUAUUGGUAGAAUUCCAGCCUCAAUAUAAACAGAGUUCUUUCAUUUUAAUUUUAAGAGAAGAAGAAAUGAAAGGAAUAAGGAAAGAAGACAGAGGUCAUAGGGAUGGGAGAAAAAUGAACACUGAGAUAAGGAAAUGAAGAAUGGAAGGCAAUUCGGUAGGAAAGGAAUUCAGGCAGUGGCAAAAAAAGUUUUUACUCCUACAAUGCAAUCCAGAGGUAUAACAAAAUAAUGGUGAUGAAACUGAUUUUUUAAAAAAUUGGUGAGAAACAAUGCACUUAGAUUAAUGGCUUCCGAUCUAAGAGGUGUCAUUGACUUCAGUAAUAUGUGAUGGAAAGACAGAGAAAUGAAGGGAAGAAUCAAAGGCGAGUAUCAGAAGAAAGUGAGAAUCAAAAGCAGCAAGGAAGGAAAGAAGGACUCAAAGCAAAGAACUGGAGGAGCCUUUGGAGGACAUAAGCCUUUGAAGUCCCAGUAUGUUUACUCAGAGCAAAGCCUGUGUGACAGUUGCUGUCUUGUGUAUACUGCUCCCGGCGCUCUGGGCCUGUCACUUUGCAAACAGUCCUGUCACCAACUAACACAAAAAUAGCAUGUGUUGGUCCAUCUCCAUUCUUCACUUAUCAUAAAGCCAAAUAACUAUUUGCAAGCGAUAGCUGUCCUCGGUGUUGUUGGUCUGCAGAUCAUCUGGAAGGUGGCAUAUGGAAAAGGAUGACAUUCUCGCCAACCCUGAUUUCUUUGUCACGGCGCUAUGGCUAAAAGAAAACCUUUCACUGAAAAUAGAAUUUAUUCCUUGACAGUUACUCUUCAGUUUCAGAAUCCUUUUUUUCAUUAAUGGCACAGCUUCUACAAUCUUGCUACUACCAUGGAUUUCAUGAGCAUCUCAUUGUUUGAUCCCCAAAGGAUAGCUCUUUUUGUGAGACACCUUCUUCCACUUCCCUCGCUUGAAAGUCCAAGAGCUAGAGAAGGGCUAUGGAGAUAGAGAAGGGGAAGGUGGAAGAGGUGGAAGUAGAUGCUCUCAUAGCCCUGAUAGAGCAUUUUUUCCUUUUUUAAAAAAAUUAAUAUUUAUUGCUUUUCCAACGAUUUAAACACUACCAAAACAAUACAAUACAAUACAUUACAAUACAAAAACACUACAUAACAUUGACACAUUAAACACAUUAAACACAUUAAACUAACAAAACAAAACAAAAACAGUUUAAAAUAAAUCAAACAAUUUCAAUAUCUUAUCUUUCAUUCACUUAUUUCCAUGACCUCCUCACACCUCCCUUUUUGUAUUCUACUUCUGUUAAUUGUUUCAGCAAUUCCUUUCCAUCUUCCUCUGUUUUCUAUCCUAUAAUUAUCUUAACACAUUCUAACCUUAUUUUUCCUUUAAUACUCUAUUAAUCUAUUUAUACUUAUUUGCUUAUAACAUUUCUACUAAAGCCAUAUAAUUUCAUUCCAACAUUUUUCUAACAUUCAUUAAUUUUACAGUAUUUCUGUAAAUAGUCUUUAAACUUUUUCCAGUCUUCUUCCACCAACUCUUCUCCCUGGUCUCGGAUUCUGCCAGUCAUUUCUGCCAGUUCCAUAUAGUCCAUCAACUUCAUCUGCCAUUCUUGUUGUUGUUGUUUUAUUGGUUCUGUAUUGUUUGUGUUUCGUUUUUAAGGGGUGGGAUCAGGGCUGCCUGGGAGUGGCUACCCAGCCAACACGAUGGCUGGGACAAGUUCCACAGGGGGGGAAGCACUGGGACAUCCGAUCUCGGUGAUUAUGGGCAGGAGGCGGAGUUACGCUAAGACCAGACCAUGUCAUUACCGAGGAGGCAGGUUUAGUCGUUGUUUGAAGACUAUCCCUGCCUCCGGGUCUGGCCUUGACCGGAUGGAUACUGGAAUCAACAGGGAAACCCACAUGACCUGAAAGUGUUGCUGUGCAAUGCCAGGUCAAUGAUGAAUAAAACCACUGCCAUCCACGACUUGAUUGUGGAUGGAGGAUUUGACCUGGCAUGUGUGACGGAGACCUGGUUGGAGGAAGCAGAUGGGCCUGUCCUUGCCGCUGCUUGCCCACCAGGUUUCUCUUACGCACAGCAACCCAGGUCAUGUGGGCAGGGAGGGGGGGUUGCAGUGAUUUUUAGGAAGUCACUAGCUUGCACCAGGCGUCCUACUGGGAAGAUCCAGUUCUCUGAGUGCAUGUUCUGGAAGUUGGGCAAUAGGGGCACUACAGGAUUCCUUUUGGUGUACCGACCUCCCCGCUGCACCAAGGAUUCCCUGUCCGAGCUGCUUCAGGUCGUGGCGGAUUUUCUCCUGGAGACACCUAGUUUGGUUGUCCUAGGGGAUUUUAACAUCCAUGCCGACACGACCUUACAAGGGGCCGCUCGGGACUUCGUGGAAAGCAUGGCCUCCAUGGGGCUGUCCCUGAAUAAGUUUGGCCCAACUCAUAGUCAUGGACAUGCCUUAGACCUGGUGUUCACCUCUAGUGACGUGGGUGAUCUGACACUAAGUAAAAGUGAAACAAAAGAAGUGCCAUGGUCAGAUCACUUCCUGGUGCAACUGGACUUCUCCGCGACCCUCCCCUCUGCAGGGAGGUGGGACCAAUUCGGAUGGUCCGCCCCCGCCACUUAAUGGAUCCAAAUGGUUUCCAGAGAGUGGUAGGGGAAGCUUUAGCCCAUGUUGAUGGCCUUUCAGCUGAUUCCCUGGUGGCCCGCUGGAAUGCGGAGUUAACCAGGGCUAUCGACUGUCUGGCUCCGAGCGCCCUCUCCGAUUGCAUGGAGCCCGGACAGCCCCGUGGUUUUCUUCGGAGCUGAGGGCGAUGAAACAAUCGCUGAGACGGCUAGAGCGUCGGUGGCAGAAAACUCACUCCGAAUCUGACCGGACACAGGUUAGAGCUCAACGUCGAGCCUACCAAGUGGCGAUAGCGACGGCGAAGAAGACUUUCUUCACCGCCUCUAUUGCAUCUGCAGAAAAUAGUAGCAGGAGACUCUUUCAGGUGGUUCGCAAUUUAACGGAACCACCUUUACCACCGGGGCAUUGUAAAGACCCCAAGAUCUCCUGCAACGAUUUUGCAAAGUUUUUGCAGAUAAAAUCACUCAUAUUCGGAAGGAGCUAGACACCACCGUGGGAGCAGGGCCAGGGCGGGAGAGUGCUAGAGCUCUGUCUGGUCAAGUUGCAUGGAAUCAAUUUCAAUCUGUUACCCCGAGGAUGUGGACAGGCUGCUUGGACGCGUGAAAGCAACCACCUGUCUCCUUGAUCCUUGCCCAUCCUGGCUAAUAAAAGCAAGCCGGGAAGGGCUGGGCGAUGGGCUCUGCGGGGUGGUGAAUGCUUCCCUCUGUGAGGGAACAUUCCCAGAUCCGCUGAAAGAGGCGGUCAUUAAACCGCUUCUUAAAAACCAUCUUUAGACCCGGCCAGUAUGGCCAACUAUCGCCCAGUCUCAAAUCUUCCAUUCUUGGGCAAGGUGAUUGAGCGCGUGGUUGCUGAACAACUCCAGGCACGCCUGGAGGAUGCGGACCAUUUGGAUCCCUUCCAAUCGGGAUUCAGGCCUCACCAUGGGACUGAAACUGCCUUGGUCGCACUGGUUGAUGAUCUCCGGCAAGCUAGGGACAAAGGUGAGAGUUGUUUCCUGGUUCUGCUGGAUCUCUCAGCGGCCUUUGAUACAAUCGACCAUAACAUCCUUCUGGACCGUCUAGAGGGGCUGGGAGCUGGGGGCACUGUUAUACAGUGGUUUCGCUCCUUCCUCCUGGGCCGUGUUCAGAAAGUGGUGGUGGGGAUGAGUGUUCAGACCCCUGGGCCCUCACUUGUGGGGUGCCUCAGGGUUCCGUCCUCUCCCCCCAUGCUUUUCAACAUCUAUAUGAAGCCGCUGGGAGAGAUCAUCAGGGGAUUUGGACUGGGUGUCCAUCAAUAUGCAGAUGAUACCCAGCUCUACCUCUCUUUCAAAUCAGAACCAGUGAAGGCGGUGAAGGUCCUGUGUGAGUGCCUGGAGGCGGUUGGAGGAUGGAUGGCGGCUAAUGGAUUGAAGUUGAAUCCUGACAAGACAGAAGUAUUGUUUUUGGGAGACAGGGGCGGGCUGGUGUGGAGGACUCCCUGGUCCUGAAUAGGGUAACUGUGCCCCUGAAGGACCAGGUGCGCAGCCUGGGAGUCAUUUUGGACUCACAGCUGUCCAUGGAGGCACAGGUCAAUUCUGUAUCCAGGGCAGCUGUCUACCAACUCCACCUGGUACGCAGGCUGAGACCCUACCUGCCCGUGGACUGUCUCGCCAGAGUGGUGCAUGCUCUGGUUAUCUCCCGCUUGGACUACUGCAAUGCGCUCUACGUGGGGCUACCUUUGAAGGUGACCCGGAAACUACAAUUAAUACAGAAUGCGGCAGCUAGACUGGUGACUGGGGGUGGCCGCCGAGACCACAUAACACCGGUCUUGAAAGACCUACAUUGGCUCCCAGUACGUUUCCGAGCACAAUUCAAAGUGUUGGUGUUGACCUUUAAAGCCCUAAACGGCCUCGGCCCAGUAUACCUGAAGGAGCGUCUCCACCCCCAUCGUUCUGCCCGGACGCUGAGGUCCAGCGCCGAGGGCCUUCUGGCGGUUCCCUCAUUGCGAGAAGCAAAGCUACAGGGAACCAGGCAGAGGGCCUUCUCGGUAGUGGCGCCCGCCCUGUGGAACGCCCUCCCAUCAGAUGUCAAAGCAAUAAAUAACUACCUGACAUUUAGAGGGCAUCUUAAGGCAGCCCUGUUCAGGGAAGCUUUUAAUCUGUGAUAUUUUACUGUAUUUUUUGUUUCUAUGGAAGCCGCCCAGAGUGGCUGGGGAAACCCAGCCAGAUGGGCGGGGUACAAAUAAUAAAUUAUUAUUAUUAUUAUUAUUCUUCCCGGGUGGGUAAAUCUUGUGUCUUCCAAUACUUCGCGAUGAGUAUUCUUGCUGCUGUUGUUGCGUACAUAAAAAAAGUUCUAUCCUUCUUUAGCACCAAUUGGCCGACCAUGCCCAGGAGAAAGGCCUCUGGUUUCUUCAGGAAGGUAUAUUUAAAUACCUUUUUCAUUUCAUUAUAAAUCAUCUCCCAGUAUGUCUUAAUCCUUGGGCAUGUCCACCAAAGGUGAAAGAAUGUGCCUUCAGUCUCAUUACAUUUCCAACAUUUAUUGUCGGGCAAAUGGUAAGUUUUUGCAAGCUUGACUGGUGUCAUGUACCACCUAUAAAUCAUUUUCAUUAAAUUUUAUCUUAAGGCAUUACAUGCCAUGAAUUUCACACCUGUGGUCCAUAACUGUUCCCAGUCAGCCAUCAUUAUAUUAUGUCCAACAUCUUGUGCCCAUUUAAUCAUAGCUGAUUUCACCGUUUCAUCCUGAGUGUUCCAUUUCAACAGCAAGUUAUACAUUCUUGACAAAUUCUUGAUUUUUGGAUCUAACAGUUCUGUUUCCAAUUUUGAUUUUUCCACCUGGAAACCAACUUUUUUGUCCAGAUUGUAUGCCUCCAUUAUUUGGUAAUAAUUGAGCCAAUCUCGCACUUUAUUUUUCAAUUUUUCAAAACUCUGCAAUUUUAGUCUGUCUCCAUCUUGUUCCAGAAUUUCCCAAUAUUUCGGCCAUUUGGCCUCCAUAUUGAGUUUUUUCUGUGCCUUCGCUUCCAUUGGUGACAACCAUCUUGGGGUUUUCUUUUCUAGCAAAUCUUUAUAUCUUAUCCAGACAUUAAACAAUGCUUUUGUAAUGAUAUGAUUUUUAAACGCUUUAUGUACUUUUACCUUAUUGUACCACAAAUAUGCAUGCCAACCAAAUGCAUUAUUGAAGCCUUCUAGGUCCAACACGUCAGUGUUUUCAAGAAGCAGCCAUUCUCUCAGCCAACAAAAAGCAGCUGAUUCAUAGUAAAGUUUAAGGUCUGGCACAUUUUUUCCUUGCCAGGAAGGUAUACGGGCAGGUGCAUCAACUAGAGCAAGGACUAUGGGCAAGGACCACCUGAAAAAAUUCAAUGAAGGGUCUGGGCCCACUCAAAGUUCUGUGGCGGCCAUGCACGCAUGCUGUGGGGUGUGCUUCCAUCGUCUAUGCAAGCUACAGGGUAUAUGCACGACAUCCCAGCAUGCCCCGCAACAUGUGUGAGUAACAUCAGCAUGCCCUGAAACAUGUGCACAUGGAACAAGCACACCAUGGGAAGUGAUGACAUCAUGUGUACUUGGUGCAAGGCAUGCACACACAGCAUGCUGACAUCAAGCAGCCCUGGAGGGGAGGGGAGGGGAGGGGAGGCAGCACAGGUGUGUCUGGGAAUCCUUGGUGGAGAAUGAUGUGAAUGAAUAGCACCAACAGGGACAUUUUCUAAUUGUAACUGCCAUGCAUGGCCCUCAGUCUGCAUCCUGACCACAGUGUGUGUGAAAGUCCAUAGCCUCAAUCCAAAGAAAGGUCCUGUGUGGCACUUCUUAAAAGUUCUCUUAGGCACCCCCUAAGAAAGGCAGGAGGUUUCUGAAUACCAGUUGCUGUGAAUCACAAGUUGGGAGAAUGCUGCUGUAUUCAGGUCUUGCUUGUGGGCUUCCCAUGUGAUUGCCCACAGGAUGCUGGACCAGAUGGGGCUUGGGUCUGAUCCCUAGGGGCUCUUCUUGUGUACUCAUUCAGAGAGGAUGGGUGAUAUCUCUACAUGUUGUGCUCCUGCUAUCUUAAGAUACCAAUUUUGUGCUGCAUGUUUCUUCUCGUUCUAUCCUGCAAUUCCCCAUUUCAGUAGUUUUCAAGCUCCAAAAUCCUGGAAUUAUUCAGAACUUUAUAAGGCAUCCUUUCCAUCCAUGAUAAGAUAUAAUGGCAGAUGAGUAUCUCUGGAAGACAAUUUGCCCAUGUGCACCCCACUUUCCAGAGCAGUAUUAUUAUUAUUAUUAUUAUUAUUAUUAUUAUUAUUAUUAUUUGUACCCCACCCAUCUGGCUGGGUUUCCCCAGCAACUCUGGGUGGCUCACAAUAGCAAUAAUAAUAAUAAUAAUAAUAAUAAUAAUAAUAAUAAUAAUGUGAUAAAACAUCAAACAUUAAAAGCUUCCCUAAAUAGGGCUGCCUUCAGUUGUCUACUAAAAGUCAGAUAGUUGUUUACUUCCUUGACAUCUGAUGGGAGGGCAUUCCACAGGGCGGGUGCCACUACAGAGAAGGUCCUCUGCCUGGUCUAUGAGAAGUCUAUGUGCAAUGGUCAAGGUUUCAAAUUCCUUUACUCAUGUCAAACAUUGGGGAUUGAAGGUGCUAACUAAUAAAUAGAAUAUUAGUUCUAUUUAGAAAUAUACAAGUGAGGCAUAUUGGAAACAGACACUCCUACAGCAGGCAGGCAAUAUGCUCACCUUAGAAAGAGCCCCUGCAAUCCCAUAUUAUUUAAAGAGGUUAGCUCUGUGGAGUGUCACCUUUUCUAAAGUACAGUAAAUAAGUAUUGAAUUCCAAAAGCGAAAAAGGGCUUCCCAACAAUCCAGAAAAACAACUCUGUGGUUGUGAACAACACAUUUGUUGCCCAUUCAUAGUGAUCAAGGUGGCCAAACACAUCACCACCAUGAAUUGUAGUUUCACUGCCUCCAGAAAUCUUGCCUAGACAAUAGCUCUGUAAAAUGAAUUCUUUCUUGAACAUUUCUGCCCAUAAAUCUGAGGUUUUAUCACAUUAACAAGAGAACAUGGGAAGUCUAUGGAGUUCAUUUAUCCAUAAAUAACAUGAUCCAUAAAGCCUAAUUUCUCUUACUAUGACAAAAGUGAUUGUUAAUAAACACUUGUGAUCUGAUCUGUGCUUUCAGGGAUAUUUAUGCAGAUGCUCAGUAUGUUGCAAAAAAUCUGGUUAGGUUCAUUGCAAUGUUCAUGAAUAAUACAUAGGUUCAGCGAGUGAUAUUUUUUAAAAAAGCCAGUCAGGAGGAAAAUGCCCUGGUCUGGGAUGGAACAGUGAGGAAGGCAAAGGGGGAAAGGCUGCCUUAAUCCCAAUGUACUUUGUCUUUCAAAGGGGGACCCUGAACAACAAUACCUGUCCAUGACAUCUAUUGCUAUUUGUGGCUGUCAAUCCCAGGAGAUUGAUGAUACUGGACGUGGCUGGUGAUUUCAUCUUCACUCUUCAUCGUUCCAUUCAGCAAAGCUCUUUGAAUUGGACAAACCUGGCAGCUAAUCAUUGAAAGGCCCUUGGAGCAUCAAUACUGCCCUGUCAUUUGUAUUGAUGGCAAGUGUUACUACUUGAAAGUGAAAUCAAAGAGGGACAAGGCAGACUGGAGACUUUGGAAUGAUAAACCUGAGUUAGAUUUAAAAAAGAUAUGAGGUUGGAGAGCCAGGCCUCAACUACCUUGCUUCCACUUUCUCUCCUUCUCCCUCAUCCCCUUCUCUCCCUCUCCCUCUCCUUACUCCUUCUACCUGAUGGCUGCAUCUGAGAUGAGUCUGCUUCCCCAGGACCGAAUGUACCUUGAAGCCAUAUUGUUGCAUCUUGAUUGCAUUCAAGCAAGCAAUCUAACAUCAAGGCUAUCAAUGGCUACUAGCUAGGAUGGAAAGAAUGGCUAUACUCUGCCUCCAUGGUCAGAGGCAAUAUGUUUCUGAAUGCCAGUUGCUGGAAACCACAGGAGGGGAAAGCUGUUUUGCUCAGGUCCUGCUUGCUGGCUUUCUUCUAUGGGCAUCUGGUUGUCAACUUUGAGAACAGGAUGGUAAACUAGAUGGGCCACUAGCCAGAUCCACCAAGGCUUUUUGUACAUUCUUAUGCAGUUUGGCACUGAAUGGUUGGGUGUCAAAGUCUUCAGUGACUUGGCAUGUGAAUUUUGAGGUGGUAUAAGAAGGAAGAGAGGUCAUGUUGUUGUUGUUUAGUCAUUUAGUCAUGUCCGACUCUUCGUGACCCCAUGGACCAGAGCACGCCAGGCACUCCUGUCUUCCACUGCCUCCCACAGUUUGGUCAAAGUUGUCUUUGUCCAUGGAGUUUUCUUGGCAGGGAUACUGGAGUGGCUUGCUGGUUCCUGCUCCAGUUGGAUCACGUUUGGUCCAAACUCUCCACUAUAACCUGUCCAUCUGGGGUGCCCUGCUUGGCAUAGUUCAUAGCUUCUCUGAGUUAUUCAAGCCCCUUCGCCACGUCAAGGCAGUGAUCCAUGAAGGGGAGAGAGGACAUAGGUGAGGGUAAUUGGCACGGCAGACAGCGAGGAGCCAUUUAAAAGAGAAAGAGACUUUGGAUACUUGAGAGUGGUAGAGAAGGAUGACCAAAGGUCAUGAACAGAGCUGGGGGUGUAAGAAGGCAUCAUUUUCCAUUGCACACUAUUUUCAUCGCUUGCAGCACUGUCUCCUUUCCACUGCAGUUUGUGUUAUACUAAAAAACUAUGGUACUCAUUGCACUGUCUGUUGGGGGGAAAUUACAAAACUUACACUCCAAUGCAAAGGAAACACAACACAAAGGGGGGGACACACACACAAUCAAUUACAAAUCAUUUGAGGACUGGAAGCAGCAACAACAGCAAAUAACAAACAUAUUCACUGGAUUGAUUUCUAUUCCGGACAUGGGAUAAAUAAGCAAACAUUGGCCAUUUCCUAUUCUGGUUUGUCAGAAUUCUUCGACAUCCCUAAUGACAGCUGAGAGAGAAGUAGGGAGACACAGGCAUGGAGAGAUUUGAAGGGAAGCAAGUCCUCCUCAUCCCUCCAGGAUCCUGAAAUGCCAUGGAAGUCAUUGUAAGAAAUGAAGGAGGGGAAUCACGUGGUCUGAACAAUGAGAGAAGCAAGCAAAAACUUGUGGACCUACCUGUUUCCAAAGAAAAGCUGUCCACUCACAAAAUGCAACAUAUUGCUCAGGGUAAGCAGCCAUGAUACUGUAUAAAUGCUCCUUUUAUUUGUAUUUAUUCUAUCUCUCCUUUUGGUCUUUUUCUGCUUUGUUUUAUAAGCACUCAGCGUAUUGCACGGUGUUAUAGCACACUAUCAUUUUUAAACCAUUAAAUGUUAACUUCAUUUUCUUGUAUGAAUUAUGCUCCCCUCUUUUAGGUUUGUAAUGAAAAAUAAGUACAGGUUAUGCAAGCAAUAACCUCCGUGUAAGCAGCAGCUAUCUUUUUUAAACGGUUUAUUAUGCCACAGUCUGGUACUCCAUUAAAUAUAGAUUACAGACUGUUGAAUAAAUGAAUAUCAACGAAGCAGCCCCAGCCUUCUGUACAUAUCAAUGCAAAUAAUGAAUCAUGGCAUCUCAUGAAAAUGUAUAACAGAGGAGAGCAGGUCAAGAAGUAAUUACACAUUUGUCUAAUCUCAUGCUUCUUGCACUCAAAGCAGGCUGAAAAUGCAUCGCUGGUGAGAAAAAGAAGCAAGAAAGCAAAGGUGCUGCUGACCUCUCUUUGCGGGGAGGAAAGGACUAAAAAAAAUGAGCUAGUUCUGCUCAUAUAUUUUUGGUGGGGUGUUGUUGUUUCUUGUAAACUCACAUAUUUAUUUUAGUCACUACAGAAGCAGUUUGCAAGCUGAUAGCUCUAGGGAUGUGCCAUGGGUUCAUGUGGACCAUGGGUGAUAGAUAUCGAAGGCCGUGUUUAGAUUUGAAACGGGAUGUUUAUAAAGUCAAAAUUGCCAACUCUUUGGCAUCAGAAGAAUUUCUCAGGAGUCACUAGAAGUUUUAAAAAGCAUAUUCUCCUGGAAAUGCUCUUUCUGAGGGAGCUGCACUGGGCACAACCACAAUGCUAUCAUAGACUAAAAUACCAGCAAGCAUAUUACAGAACCUGAGUUAGAAGGGCGCACAAAGGCAUUUUGGUUAGGUGGCCUUCCAGAUUCUGCUUAAAUAGAUCUUAGGAAGGAAAGUCUAUCAUCUUCCAUAGUAGCCUGCUUCACAGCUCACUUAAUGUUUAGCAGAAAUCCCUUUCAUCUUAUUUGCAGACAUUGGUUUGGCUUCCAUCCUCAGUCUAUGUGACAGCCCAUCAAAUAUUUGAAGAUGGCAUUCAAUGGCCUGAUGAUGAUGAUGAUGGCGAUGGUGAUGGUGAUGAUUAGGAGAAGGAUUUUCCCAACCUCUAAUGUCCCAGGGUGGGUUACAACAAUUUUAAAAUACAGUUUAAGAACUUACAAUUAAAAAACACAAUUACAAGUGGGGUGUCAAAGGCCAGGGUAAAGAGGUCUGUCUCUAGCCUUCACCAAAAACUGUAUAAUAACAUUUCCAUAUGCACAUUUGUGGGGAGGGAGUUUCACGGCAAAGAAUGUCCUCUCCCAGGCCACUGCCACCUGAGCUUCUGAGGGCAGCAGAAUAACUUAGAAGUCCCUUCUGCCAAUCUUAGCACUGGAGAAAGUCUGUAGGGAAGGAAAUGGUUUUUCAGAUAUUUGGGACCUAAGCAGUUUAGGGCAUUAAACACAAAUGUGAGGAUAUUGAAUUGGGCCCAGAAAUAAACUGGCAACAAAUGAAGUUUUUUUAAAAAACAACAACAACAACAACAAAAAACCAGUUGAUAUAUGUGAUGGAGUCCCAGCCAGUAAUCUAGCUGAUUCAUUUUGAACCAGAUGAAGUUUCUGAGACUUCUUCAAGGGCAGCCUCAUGCAGAGCACAUUGCAGUAACCCAGUCUGAAAGUUACCAGAGCAUGGAACAUAGUGGCUAAGUCAUUUGGAUGCAAACAGGGAGUAGCUGGCAAACCAGCUGGAGAUGAAAAGGCACUCCUAGCCACCAAGCUUCACAUGCAACCAUAGCUUAGUGCGACCACUUGGCUCCUCCUUGCUUGUUCUGUUGCUGCACUGUGCUAAGCCAAGCUGUGGUGUGGCUUACCAUGUCACCAGAACUUGGGCUUAUGGUUUAACUUCUUGGACUAACCGCAAACUGCAAACCAUAGGAUUAUUUGUUGCUAGUUAAAUUUAUUACAACCCCUUUCACCAGCAUUUCCCAGGGCAGAUAACAAUUUAAAAUUCAGAUUUAAAAUUGGUUAAAACAUAUUGAAACAAAUGUUGGCUAUAGGUCAUGGUUGUCUGGAGAGAGCUAAACCAUGUGCCUGGGGUCAGAUGGCAUGGACUAUAUUUGCAUCAUUCCUGAGCAUUUUUCAAGCUGGUUGGAACUGAUGGGAGUUGGAUUCCUCUGACAUCUGGGCCAGAGGUUAGCAACCCCUGCUGCACUAGAUAGAUACACAGUGGUCUGACUUUGUAUAUAUGCUUACAUUAAUAAAAAUAUGAUUUCAUUAGUAUAUAAAAAAGUGAUUUGUGAUCAUGUUGACAGAAGGUAAUUGUGAUUUUUGAAAGCAGCUGAGAUAGCAGUAAAAGUAACCCAUAAAAACUAAAAUAUAAAUUAAGUUUUCUUCUCCAUCUGCUACUGGACUACUGUACAGAGGUCCAGUAAAGAUACACAUUUGCUUAGCUGUGAUUCUGCAAAAAAUCACAGUAACAUUAGGUAUAAAAAUACUUAAUGUGCUCAUUUCACUGGGUAGCUUAUAUGACUGGUUCUUCUAUUUAAAAUUCAGCUGUUGAAUUAUCUCAAAACGCAGCAUGCAGCAAAUCUUGGAUGAGGUAAAUAAGAAAAUGCUGAAAGUAAUGACUAAAUCAAUAGGGCCUGUGCCCUGAAGUAUGUUUAGAGUGUCUUAUGUGAAAUAUCAAUAGUUAUUUAUAAAGUGCAAUGACUUAUUUAACUUUCAAAGAGUAGCCAGAAGAUGCAGGGUGUGGGGGGAGAGACUUGAAUUUCAUACUGAGGCAUAUAUUUGCCCAUCGAAACUGUUCUGUAACAAGCACAUGUUAUUUGGGUUCAAUGAAACUGGUGAACUAUUUCAGAUGAUGUCCCUGUUUCAACAAUAAAGCUGUAAGGGGACCAAGUACAAGACAAUUUUAUAUGAGCAGCAAUUGGUUUCUUGCUUGUCUGAACUCAGUGUGAGGCACAUGCUGUCAUAUGCUCUAAUAGUGAACACAGGGGGUGAGUGCUGAGAGAAGCAGAGCCCAAAGGGAAACACUGAGAAACAAGAGGGAGGUAAUAGCAUACUGAAACCUGAGAUAUGCAAAAGUACAAGCAAUCUUAAGUGGGUGAGGGGAUCCAAAACAGUCCACUGAGGACUGAGCAGUAGCUAUGGGAUAUUAAAUAUCAGUGGGGAAAGUGAAAACCAGAGGCUGGAAUGCCUUGCUUAUGUUCCUACAGCUUAUACUAUCUGCAGGAGGGUCUUCUUGGCUGGCAGGAACUCUGAACAGGUGUUUACACUUACUAGAAGCUGAGGAUACAUUGCAGCAUUUACUGACAGGUCCCACCCAUGUUGUCAUAAGCUGAAAAAGGAUGCAAAGGUCUGAUCAUUAAUUCUGGGUUGCAUCCAAAGUAGUGCUAACAUGAACAUUCCACCACUAUGAGCAUUUCUUCUUGUUCAAUAGAACAUUUUCCUCCUCUUCUCCCACCGUGCACACCCAAAAUGCUCUGGGGGUUCCUGAGCAGAUUUGGCAAUGAUGUAGGACUCGCUUGAGGGGGAGAGAAUGAAUGGAUUGGGUACCACCUUCUGCCUCUAUUCUCCAUGCUCUUCUCAGUGAAACGUCCUGUGUUCUUAGGAGCACUGAGUGUUUUCUUCAUCAGAGGCAUUCUGGAUUUAGGGAGUCAGCUUUAGGGGGAAGUGGCUUCUAGUCCAUCACACAGCGAUGUUCUACCAUGCAAAGUGCAUAUUGUGGUGGGGCACAGCCACCCUCACAUCACAGGCAUCACAUAGCUGGAAGGGUAGGACAGUACCAAUGACAAGGCUGCACAGACAAACUAGUGGAGCCAGUCCAUCUGUACAUCUGUAAAGUCAUGUCCUCACUGCUGCCCUUUCUCCACCCAGGCCUGUCCUGUUCAAAUAAGCUGAAGAGAUGCUGCUGAUGAGAGGAGGGUGGCUCUGUUCUACUGCACUGGCAACUACUGAAAAGAAAAUUUUGAGUGAAAACCACAGAGCUUUUUCCAUUUGCACAUUAGCUUUUCCAUACACACACACACACACACACACACACACACACACACACAUAUAUAUAUAUACCAUGCUUUUCAACACUUUCUAUUAACUGUAUGCUUUAAACUGCAGCCUUUAAAUAGCUACAGGACCAACUGACAUAAAGAAUUAAGGGGGUGAUUUCUCAAGUCAAAUAAUAAAAAGUUCAACAUGCAAUAACAGAUCUGUGGGAGCCAUUCCACACAACCAAGUCAUAACAUGCCAUUUCAGUUAUCAUUACAUGAUGAACUCAUCUGAAUUAGAACCGAAGAGAGAUUUUACAUAGAUUCAGCAUUCAGUUACAUUUGGCAAUGUCAUUGACAAUCUGAGUUUCAAACAUUUCCAUAUAUAUCUUUAAAAAGUUAAUUCUGGUUCCUUACAAAAUGAGACUACACUUUCAGAAAAAAAACAAACCCUUAAAUUAUUAGAAUAUACAAAUGGGGGUUUUUUUGUAAGCAAAUUUGGUAUAAGCUGGAGCUGGUAAAUUAAUUAUUGGGUGGAAGAACGGAAAACCCAAUUACAUCCUAAGUUAUGUAUGAUCCAGAAAACCUAUCAGACCUUUUCUUUAUAACAGAGAAUGCCAAGUACUUUGAAGAAAUUCAGACUGUGUUCAUAGAGUUUUAUGAUUAAUCAAGAAUUUAACAUUUCAAAACACUGUUUCAUUUAUUUGUAAUUUCCCCAAAUAGCUCUUUUUUUCUACUGAUCAUUAGGGUUUCUUUUAAUGGCUGUAAGGAAAAUCUUUUAUGUUUUCUUCUUCUUCCCUAAUAUGCUAAGAAAGGAAUUGUGGGUAUGCAAAAGAAAAGAAAGAACAGUAGGAGGAAUGGGAGUUUAAAAGGUUGUAUAAUAAUAUAUGAAACAUCAAUGUAUGUAAGAUGAAGGGUCCAACCCUUCCAUAGUUCAGCACUAUUAAGUCCCAUUGAUUUCAAAUGGGGAAAAGUAAGCACAUCAUCAACUUUCCCAUUAAAAUCAAUGGCAUUUAAAUGUGCUUAAUUUUGGUGGAUCUUGCUCAAAACCCCAGGAUCCAAAGUCUCAUUUGCAAUGCUCUUCUAAUGUGCAGCAGCUUUUUAGCUUAGUAAAACUUCCACUGCCUCUCCUCUAUUUGCAAAUUCCCCAAAUGCCUCCUAAAUCUGUUCUGGGAAUGGUCUAAAGCCUCUGAGGAAGGCAAUAGGGGCAUACAGUGCUAGGAAAGGCAGGGGAAGUUCCAUUGCAUUAGCAGAACUACUUUGCUGGAUACUACCCAAGAUCUCUGUAUGAGAAGUCUUGUGUGGUGCAUGGAACAGCCCCAUAAAAUGGUAUUGAUGUAUCACUAAGGGAUGACUUCCUUCAGGUAGGUAGUCGUGUUGGUCUAACGCGGUCGAAAUAAAUAAAUUAAAGUUUUAAAAUUGUUCAGUAGCACCUUAGAGACCAACUAAGUUUGUUCUGGGUAUAAGCUUUCGUGUGCAUGCACACUUCUUCAGAUGACUUCUUGUUUGUUGGGUAUGAAAUAUGGCAACCCUAAGCGUAUAUGAAACAGUUUGCACAUCACUAAGUGAGUACCAACUUUACAGAGUACUCCUUUCUAAGCCAUCACCUACUUCUCUUGUAUCAUUUUAAAACAUAUUUUAGCCUUUUAAAGCUUAAGGUUUGGGGGUAACUGGGAAGGAAGGAAGUGUUGAUUUUUAAAUGUAGACUUGAAUUAACUGGCCUUAUGUUAGGUUGUAGGUCUGCAGUAAAAACACACAUGCAAACAAGGCUAUAUCUUCCGAAGCAGCAAGAAGAGCUGCAUUUUGAUGUGUACCUAAUUUGCUAUGCUUAUUUUAAUGCUCCAGGAUGCUCCUGUUAAAUAUUUCAAUAUAUUCCAUUCAAAUUUAAUUCAUUAAAAGACAGAUCUCAUUACGCACGUAUUCGUUACAUAACAUAGAAGUAAUUAUACUAAAAUAACAAUUAUAUGAUUUCUACAUUUUGAUUAUAAAAAUGCCGAGGGAUGAUCUAAUUUUAUUAUUCUGUUGAUCCAUAUGUGAAAAGGAAGCAAUUUUCUAGACAGAGCUAAAUGGCAUUCUUCCAGUGAUAUUGCAGAGAAGAAUGCUAGCAAUGGGUUAGAAAUACAAAUAUAUGAAUUAAGCUCCAAAGAAGCAGGCACAGAUUAGGCAUUAGGGGUCCACAAACUGUGUGCUUGACAUUGACCCCGCCUUUCCCUAGGGGAGAAGAUGUGGUCUUGAUUGUCUUGAUUGUCUUGUCAUCCCUUUAAAGGCCCUCCAGUCACCUCUAAAUGCAAACACAAAUGUGGGGGCAAGCCCUAUACUUUCCUCCUGCAUGCUGAAAAGGGAGAGAAUUUGUCCCUGUUGUGCUGAGUCGCAGAGAUGCUUUGGGAUGCAGAAAGUCAUCUUGUGUAAAACUCUCCAAGGAGGGUCCCCACCCUUUCUCUGACCCUGAAGCAGGGCAGAGAAUCCGACCAACCUUAGGCUGAUUAUUGGAUGCAAUGCAUCUUGUUUGUUCCUCUUGAUUCUAAACAUUUCUAAAAAAAAAAAAAAAUUGAAAUAGAAACAUAUUAAAAUAUUAAGGAAAAAUAUAACACCUCACCAGCCAGAGGAUGUCACCACAAGCACUGAGAAUCUGCAUUGUUCCAGGAUGAUGGACACUGGACACUGUGAACCACUAGAAAAAGGUGUGUUUCUUGCCUUUAGGGAAGUGUCUUACUGUCCUUCAAUUCAAUUCAAUUCAAUUCAAACAAGGUGAAAAGAUGUAGUUGAAGUCAUUACUACAUGUUAAAUGCCAGUAUUUGUGAUAAAAAAAAUGCCUUUGGGAAGGACAACUAAGAGCCAAGAAGCAGCAGGUGGAGAAGGGUUAAGACCCACCCCACUCCAUUGCAAAGCACCUCUUUCUGGUGCUGCUUUUGCCUGGGAACAGGGGCUCUCUUUAAACAUUGAGUGUAAUGAGAAGUUAGACUCAAAUAUGGUUCCCCCAUUUGAACUUACAGAUUUCACUGGAACAUUGUCGAUUUGUUUCACUUUUGACUUUCAUCAUUUCAAACUUGACAUUUCAGGUUAAUGUUCAAACAAACAGAAAGGUUUCAAACAUUUUUCAAUAUUUCUCCAAGCCUCAAAGCAUAUAAAAAUGUUGACAUUUCUGCAUAAACCAUCUAUUCUUCUUCUUCUUCUUCUUCUUUUUUUUCUUCUCCUCCUCCUCCUCCUCCUUUCUGUGUCUGAUGACUGUGACUGAUAGUUGAUAAAAGGCAUAUCUAAAAAAAUUCUUCCGCUGAUGGAGAGAUAAAUAUGAUGCACCUUCCAGUCAUGGUCAGAUAUUAAUUACUUUGAGAACAGGCUGAAAUAGCUCACAUCUAUAGGGUGCUUUGAUUGUUCUAUGCCCAAAUUAGAUGCCUUGUGGAAACUAUAUCAUUAGAGGACUACUGAAGCCUUUCCCCUGAACAGGAAUGGUAUUCAAGCCAUCUAAUACAGUAUGUUUGUACAUUACAAUUUAAUAUUUCAAAAAUCUCAGUUAAGACACAGUUCCAUUAAACUGAAGCCAUUUUCUGGGUAUAUUGAUUUACUUACUUAGUCACCUUGCUGCCCGCCCAACUUGUUUGUUUUCAACAUUUAUAUACUGUCUGCUGCUUUUUGCCACACUGGAUUUUUUGGCAAUGCAGUAAACCCAGCCAGUUAAAACAGCAUCACAUUUAUACAGUAAAGCAAAUAAAAUGUCAUAAAAUCAACGUGACAAUAAUACUGUGGUUUCAGAACUACAUCACAAUACUCUCCCAUGAUCUAGUGUGGGCGUACUUAAGAACUUAAUCACCAAGAACCUGGGUGAAUGGAUAUGCUUUUAUUAGGCAACAGGAGCUCAUUGUGGAGGGAGCCAUCCAUGCCUCCAGGUAAAUGAAUUUAUGUAGCUGGGGUAUUACUGCUGAGAACACUCUCCCCAAAUCCCUACACAAUGCACAACCAUUUCUGGGAUCCUUCUGCCAACUUCAAGGUCUGGGCAUGCUGGUAAGGGUAGAGAUGCUCCAACAGAUACCUAAGUCCCAAGCGUUUAAGGGCAUUAGAUAGUGGCUAGCUCUAUUAAGCUAUGACAGGCAGGUGCUGAGAGAGCAAGUAGUUGCUCACAUUCCUUCAAGCAUCUUGUCCACGUACUCAGACCUCAUUAAUAGAAUCUGAUCCCAAAUAACAAGAUUAGACAGUUACUUGGAUGCCUGUACAGUGGUACCGCUCGUUACAUAUUUAAUUCGUUCCAGAGGUCCGUUCUUAACCUGAAACUGUUCUUAACCUGAAGACCACUUUAGCUAUUGGGGCCUUCCGCUGCUGCUGGGCUGCCGCCGCACGAUUUCUGUUCUCAUCCUGAAGCAAAGUUCUUAACCUGAGGUACUAUUUCUGGGUUAGCGGAGUCUGUAACCUGAAGCGUAUGUAACCUGAAGUGUAUGUAACCUGAGGUACCACUGUACUUAUAGCAGUGUCAAAGUUGGAGUGGAGAUGAGUAGUCUGUCCCUUAAGCUGGCAAAAAAACAGGGUAUGACUUAUAAUAUGUCUUGGCCCAAAUAUCUAUUGAGACGGUCUUUUGGGUUGCCAUGGAGACCACGAAAUACUGAUCUGACCCUGAUAAGACUGUUUUUAUGUAGCUAUUGAAGUCCUCAAAUGCAAUUGUCAGCGGGUGUUCCAACCUCAGGAUGGUGGGUGAACUUUUCAUGCCACAUGUCAGCCCCUCUCAUACCACAUGAGUGACUCAGGAACAACUAAACCAGAAAAAGAGGAUUAGUUUGGACUUCAGUCCAUUUCCCCCCAUGCCAGGUUCAGCCACCCCAUCCCUUAUAAUGGCCAGCAGCCUUUUAUUCAUUACCUUCAAUGAGGCGACAGCAGGGACUAAAGUUACAAUACCUACUCAGAAUUCAUUUGAACUUGACUGACCUUCCUUUUUUGUCAUUGUCCUCCAAAUCUUCAGUCCGCUUUGACAAAAAGCAGUGUGGGUGCCUGUCGUUCAGGUGAUCUUGCUGAAAGCCAACAAACGGCAAAGGCCUUUUCAGGCAGGUAUCUGAUUAUCCUUUAAAAUCCACAACAUCCCAGGGUCUGCUGGCUUUUCAUAGGAAAAGCCAAGCAUUCUCUUCCCUAUCCCCACCACUCAUUGGAUGGGCAAUUUUUUUUUUUUUAAUGAUAUUUAUUAAAAUUUCAGAAAAAAGAGUUACAUAAAAACAAUAAAAGCAAAAACAAAAGACAGAAGUAAAAAUACAAGAAAAAUGCAAAAUACAGAAUAAAAGAAUAAAAAAACACUUUAAAAAAAUAGAUCAAUCUUUCCAUGCCUUACAUUCAUAUCCUUGUUUCCCUGACCUCCUCAUACCUCCCUUUUUUGUAUUUCAAUUCAAUUAGUUAAUUCAGCAAUUUCUUUCCCUCUUUAUUUUCUCUUAAUCCUUUAACUUAAUGUACUAUAACUUUAAAUUUUCACCUGUUAUCGAUCCAUUUUUACAUACACCUUUAUAGCAUUACUGCUUAAACCACCUAACUUCUUUCUAACAUCAUUCUAACAUUCAUUAAUUUUGCAAUAUUUCUGCAGAUAGUCUUUAAAUUUCUUCCAAUCUUCUUCCACCAACUCUUCUUCCUGGUCUCGGAUUCUGCCGGUCAUUUCCGCCAAUUCCAUGUAGUCCAUCACCUUCAUCUGCCAUUCUUCCAGAGUGGGUAGGUCUUGUGUCUUCCAAUACUUUGCAAUAAGUAUUCUUGCUGCUGUUGUGGCAUACAUAAAGAAAGUUCUAUCCUUCUUUAACACCAAUUGGCCCACUAUGCCCAGGAGAAAGGCCUCUGGUUUCUUCAAGAAGGUAUAUUUAAAUACCUUUUUCAAUUCAUUAUAGAUCAUCUCCCAGAAAGCCUUAAUCCUUGGGCACGUCCACCAAAGGUGAAAGAAUGUACCUUCAGUUUCUUUACAUUUCCAACAUUUAUUGUCGGGCAAAUGAUAGAUUUUUGCAAGCUUGACUGGUGUCAUGUACCACCUGUAUAUCAUUUUCAUAAUAUUCUCUCUUAAGGCAUUGCAUGCCGUAAACUUCAUACCUGUGGUCCAUAACUGUUCCCAGUCAGCCAUCAUUAUGUUAUGUCCAACAUCUUGAGCCCAUUUAAUCAUAGCAGAUUUCACCAUUUCAUCCUGAGUAUUCCAUUUCAACAGCAAGUUAUACAUCUUUGACAAAAUCUUAGUUUUGGGUUCUAACAGUUCUGUUUCUAAUUUUGAUUUUUCCACCUGGAAGCCAAUUUUCUUAUCCAAAUUAUAUGCCUCCAUUAUCUGAUAAUAAUGAAGCCAGUCUCGCACUUUGUUUUUUUAAUUUCUCAAAACUCUGCAGUUUCAAUCUAUCUCCACCUUGUUCCAAAAUUUCCCAAUAUUUCGGCCAUUUGGCCUCCAUAUUGAGCUUUUUCAGAGCCUUCGCUUCCAUCGGUGACAGCCAUCUUGGAGUUUUAUUUUCAAGUAGAUCCUUAUAUCUUAUCCAAACAUUAAACAAUGCUUUCCUGACAAUAUGGUUUUUAAAUGCUUUAUGUGCUUUGACCUUAUCAUACCACAAGUAUGCAUGCCACCCAAAUACAUUGUUAAAACCUUCUAAGUCCAAAAUGUCUGCGUUUUCCAGAAGCAGCCAUUCUUUCAACCAGCAAAAAGCUGCUGAUUCAUAAUAAAGUUUAAGGUCUGGCAGGGCAAAUCCACCUCUUUCCUUUGCAUCUGUUAGUAUUUUAAAUUUUAUUCUAGGCUUCUUGCCCUGCCAGACAAAUCUAGAAAUAUCUCUCUGCCACUUCUUGAAACAGUCCAUUUUGUCCACAAUUUGCAAUGUUUGAAACAAAAACAACAUUCUAGGCAAUACAUUCAUUUUUAUCGCAGCAAUACGACCCAGCAGUGAAAGCUUCAAAUUUGACCAAAUUUCUAAAUCUUUUUCACUUCGGCCCAGCAUUUUUCAUAGUUGUCUUUAAAUAAAUUCCCAUUUUUUGCUGUCAUGUUAAUCCCCAGGUAUUUCACUUUCUUAACCACUGUUAAGCCUGUCUCAUUCUGAAACCUCUCUCUCUCAAUCGGUGUUAAAUUUUUCUCUAAAACCUUGGUUUUUAACUUAUUCAGUUUGAAUCCUGCAACCUGACCAAAUUCUUGAAUCAGUUCUAAAACCCUUUUGGUACUAGAUUCUGGCUCCUGUAACGUCAAUACUAAGUCAUCUGCAAAUGCUCUCAAUUUGUACUGUUUGGCUCUGACUUGUAUACCUUUAACCAACUGGUCCCUUCUAAUCAUAUUCAGCAAAACCUCCAGGACCGAUAUAAAAAGCAAUGGGGAGAUUGGGCAACCUUGUCGUGUCCCUUUUUCUAUCUUAAAUUCUUCCGUCACCACAUUAUUUACAAUUAGUUUAGCCUUUUGUUCUGAAUAAAUUGCACUUAUACCGUUUUCAAAGCCUUGGCCUACCCCCAUCCCCUGUAGGUUCUUCUUCAUAAAGCUCCAGGAAAUAUUGUCAAAAGCUUUCUCCGCGUCCACAAAUAUCAAAACUACUUUAGUAUUCAUGUUCACUUGUAAUUUUUCUAAAAUGUUAAUUAUGUUUCUCACAUUAUCCGAUAAGUGUCUACCCGGGAGAAAGCCUGCUUGGUCUUUAUGAAUAUCUUCCACUAACACUUUUUUAAAUGUCUGCAAAAAUUUUAUAAUCCACAUUAAGCAAUGAGAUGGGACGGUAGUUCUUAAGUUGUGUCUUUUCAGUCUCUGUUUUUGGUACAAGUGUAAUAUACGCUUCUUUCCACGACUCUGGUGCCCUUUUCGCAUCCAUUAUUUCGUUACAGACUUCCUUCAAAGGUUGUACCAACCAUUCUUUUAAGGAUCUGUAAUAUUUAGAGGUCAGUCCAUCCGGUCCCGGAGAUUUACCUAGUUGCAUAUUCUGAAUGGCACCUUCUAUCUCCUGUUCAGUUAUUUUAUAGUUCAACAUUGAUUUACUUUCCUGAGAGAUUUUUUGUAAUCCAUUUGUUUUCAAAAAUCGAUCUAGAUCAAUUUCUUUCUGUGGUCCUUGUGUAUAUAGUUGUUUGAAGUACCUCUGGAAACAAUUUCUAAUCUCGGCUGGGUUCUGUAUAUUCCUUCCUUCCACUUCUAAAUUUGUAACUGUAUUUAAUUUUUGUCUUUUUUUCAUUUGCCAAGCCAACAAUUUCCCACAUUUAUUAGCCGACUCAAAUGUUUUUGUCUCAUUUGUUUAAUUUUCCAUUCUAUCUCCUGAUUGAUCAUUUUCAUAUAUUGUACUUGAGAUAAUUUUAUUUCUAUCAAAAACUCUUGCGACUUAGGUUUUGCUCUCAAUUUCUUUUCACCUUCUUUUAUUUUCUCCAAAAUUUUAUCCUUCUUCUCAUUUUGAAUUCUCUUCUUUAAUGCAUUCUGUUGUAUCAAGAACCCUCUCAUAACAGCUUUGCUAGCGUCCCAGAUUACUCUUUUUUUCCACAUUGAUGUUCAUAUUUAUCUCAAAAUAGUCUCUCAAGGUUUUUUGGGCCUUUUUAUACACUUCUUCAUCUCUGAAUAAGGUGUCAUUCAUCCUCCAUCUGAAGGAACCAGUUGGUGUUAGCUUCAUCUCCAUCUUUGCAGCAUUAUGGUCGGAGCAGGUUUUUGAGCAGAUUUCCACUUUUCUUAUCUUUGGUGCCAUUCCUCUAGUUACCCAUAUUUGGUCAAUUCUUGUCCAUGUCAGUUUGGCUUCAGAGAAGAAGGUUCCCUCUCUGGUCAAGGGAUUCUUUGUUCUCCAAAUAUCAACUAAGUCCAAGUUGUCUGUCAUCUCAAAAAAAGUUUUCGGUAAUCUGCCAUCCUUAGUGACUACCUGUCUUUGUGCCUUAUCCAUAUGUGUAGAUACCACUCCAUUCAUGUCUCCCAUCAAAAUCACAUUAUAGUCCAAAUAGUCCAUCAAGGUCUCAUGCAACUUUUUAAAAAAUUCAGAUUUCCCCUCAUUUGGUGCAUAAACUCCUACUAUCAAAAAUUUCUCUCCUUGUGUUUGAAUUUCAAUUGCCACGAAUCUUCAUUGGUCAUCUUUAAAGAUAAAUUUCGGUAAUAGUCUCUCCUUUGCAUAAAUCACUACCCCUCUUUUUUUAACCUUGUCCAAAGAAAUAAACUCCUGACCCAGUCUUUUAUUAAUCAGUACUUUCCUGUGUAGCCUUGUUACAUGUGUUUCCUGUAAACAAAUCAAGUCCAAUUGUUCCUUUUUUAAUAAAUGAAACACAGAUUUCCUUUUCUGAGGGGAGUUCAAACCAUUACAAUUCCAGCUUAAUAGUUGCAGAGCCAUGAUGUAGUUACUUUGCUUCUCCUCCAACUGCACCCAGUGCCUGUUCCUGAUCUGUCGGUGGUAUCACCUUCUCCAGGCGGUCUUUUAGUUCAGGAGGUAAUCUUGGUAUGUCUAAAGUUUCACUUACUAGUGCUCUUAACUCUUCUGCAGCUUCCUUCUGCAAGUCUUCUCCGUGGUCUCUCCAAAAUCUAUCUUUGUCGUCCUCUGAUCUUAUUUUUAUCUUCUUCCCUUUGUAACUAAAGGAUAGGCCUUGGGGAAUUCCCACCUAAAAAUGAUUCCGUUGCUUCUCAACAGGGCGACCAAAUCUCUAUAGUUGGACCUAAGGUCCAAAAGAUAUUUCGGAAUGUCCUUAAAUAUCUCUACUUUUGACUGAUGAAUUUCCAAAGUCUUCUGGAAAUGCAGACUCAAGAUUUUGUCUCUCUCCUCUUUUGUUUGGAGGGUGAUCAAACAGUCUCUCACCCUGUUCUUCUUCCCUCCUCUUCCAAGCCUAAAAGCACUCACUAUCUUGAAGUUGUCCUUCUCCAAAUCUGGGUUCCAAAAGUCUGCAAAUUCCUGCGUAAGAAAAUCAAUCAAGUUGUCUUUCUCAAGUUCAGGUACAGCCCUGAUUCUUAAAUUGGUUUGCUUCUCCUUCAAUUCAAUCAUAGACAAUAUUAACCUGUGAUCUUCAAGUUGUUUGUGUAUCGGUGGUAUCUUCUCUUCUACAGCAGUUGCUAUAUCCUUUGCCUCUUCAGCUGUCUUUCGUGUCGAGGUAGAUUCCUGUAGUAAUUUCUGAAUAGUUUCUGUGUUGGUAUUUACCUUCUGUCCCAAAUUAUUAAUACUUGUGGUAUUCUGGUCAAUUUUGCCCGAUGCUUCGGCUACUUGUUUACUUAUUUUUUCCAAAGAUUCGUUAAUUUUACCAAGUGCCUGAGCCAAAGCAUCUUCAGCUGCCAUUCCUUUGGGUUUAGGUUGUGCCGAUGAGGCUCCUGUUGGUAAUCCAGAAGGGCCAGAUGUCGAUGCUCUUUGCUGCAGCCCACCGUCUGUACGAAAUAGUCUGCCAGACCUCGUUGCUUUUUCCUGUAGCAAAUCUAUUUUCUCCUUUCCAUCUGCCAUAACACUCUAGAUAAGGUCCAAGGUCAGUCUCACGAUCAGAAUUUGUUUUGAAGUGGAAAAUUCCCCUGGCCCAGCUGCUAUUGUAACAAUUUCAAACUUCCUCUAGGGGGACACAGUAACAGUCAAAAAUGUCUUAAAGUAAUUAACUUUUUUUCCUUUAGCCCCCCAAUUCACAGAAAGGACGACAGUUUCAAUCUCAAUUGUUUUCUGUUACUUUAAAACCAGAAGAAGCCAGUCAGAAAUAUUGUAUUUUACUUGUAUCUCAGAUGCAGAGUUAACUGUCAAAGAGUACUUUCAGCAGCAGCGCAUUUCACAAUACGGCAUUCUUACUGUUCACUGGCAACCUGUUCCCAGGUUUUUGAGCGGUGGAUUUUAGCUUCUUUUUCUCUCUUUUUGCGGGGAAAUACAGUUCAGACCUUUCCCCCCUCCUCCCCUGCAAUCAAGGGGGGAAAGUCGCUUAUUUGAUGUUCGAAUUAUAAUCCUUUUCCAACGUCUUUCAAGGUUUCCGCUUACAAGUUCAUUGCUUUACUCCAUUUACAAAGAACGGAAGGCAGACUUCCUGUUUAUGCCUCUCCGCUUCAGUGCCAAAUUAUUUCUUAGUUCCUUUGUUUCCGAAAUUAGCCUACUCACGGAUCGUUGUUUUGCAGCCAAAUUGUCCCAGGAAAAAGGCAGCGCUCUCCGGUAAUGGCUGUGCGGCUUCGCUCCAUGGAAGAAGCAGUUGACUCACAGCACUGUGCCACUUCCCCGCUCCGCUCCGGAACCCAUAAUCGGGCUCCUUUGCAAGUUGGGGGGGGUGCAAAAGGUGCCCGCCAAGUCCCACGGUCACAGGCUUCACCCGCCUGUGAUUUUUGAAGGGUCCCCGCUUCGCCGUAGCGGUGCAGACCCGAUUUCCACAGGGCCAGUUCCCUCCGAGUCAGAGGGAAUUCGCCAUUACCGAUGGCGCCACCCCGGAAGUCGGGCAAAUACAUUUUAAAAAGAUAUAUAUAUAUUUCAAGAGAUGAAUAUCAGGCUCUCCACACAAUUGGUACUAAAAUUUUGUCAAAAAGCAAUAAGAGAAAAUAGAAUUUAUUUGCCAGGCUAGCUCUUAAAUCUGGAAGGAGUUGGUGUGCUACCCCUCCAUUAAAUCUAUUACUGUCCCUUCCCCAUGCUGUUUAAUUCUAAUACAGAUGUUGCUCACAAGGCACAGCUGGCAGUCAUGCCCUUUCAAGUUUUUAAUCAAGGAGGAUUUGCCAAUACUCGACAAGCCUGGACAAAGCAAAUCUGAUAAUGACUUCUCACUCUCCAGCAGGAUUGAAGUGACAGCAGCACCCUAUGAUGCCUUGCACUGUCAAACACAGAGCUAUUGUUUCUUGGGCAAAAAGGCUCCCUUCUGCAAUAGCUUGUACAACAGUUUGGUGAAAUCCUGGUUGUUAUAUCUUGGGCUUAAUUCAGUAAUGUCAGUAGGAAGAUGAAGUCUGGCUGCAAUAAUCUAGAAGUUGAGUCUAAAGGUUCUCUGCAGAUACUUAGAAACCAUCUUCAAGUGGGCAAAUUGGCUCAUGAUUAUGGUUUUUCUUGGGUUUGUGUCACCCGCCUCCAUUUCAUCAUCACAGCAACAAUGAGAUACACCAUGCUGAGAAAUAGUAACUGGCACAAGGUCACCCAGUACACUCAUGGAUGAGUGGGGAUUUGAACCAGGUCUCCCUUUAUGUGUUCAAAGCAAACAGUUCUCAUCUAUGGAGAUCAUUCAACUCUCAGAGGAAGGCAGGAAUUGUCAUUUAUGAGAAAGCAAAUAAAAACAGAUUUAAUUGAAUCGGACCUUGAAUAAUCAUUUUUGUGAGCAGGAAAAACAAUUUAGGAUAUAUUAGUGGCAUUCUAAACUGCAGCCUCAGGAAGCAUUGCUUCUUUUUCUGCAAAUAUAUUCCAUAGUGGUAAAUGUUGCGGUCAUGACAAAUGCACCUAAACUGGGUAAGCCACAUCGGCCCAGCAAUCUAGUGAUGGAGAGAAAUCCUUUCCACACAGCCAAUGAACCUUCUAGUUCAUAAAGAGAUCAACUACAGCUAGAUUCAUUCCUGUGGCUCAUGAAUCUUCUGGAUUCUUGUAACUUCACCAUAUUAAUUAAAUAUCAGUGGUACCCAAAGUGAAGGUGUUCAACAUAACUGUUUUAACAGCAUUUUCUGCAGAAGGAGUAACAUUAAUCUUUCUGAAUCUAUGAGACCAUAUUUUUCUGACAUGUGUUACACAGAGCAAAGCUGCAACUCUACUUGAGUGAAAACCCACUAGCAAGGCUUAAAGAUGAUCAAUUGGAUAAAAUGUUUUGCAUUUCUCAUUGCUCCCUGUCUUGUCAAUAAAUACUGUUUUAAUGCACUUAAUUCGCUCCCACUUUUCUUCCUUAUCCAUCACUAUGCUGAAAAGAAGCAUGCUGGAUAGUAAAGUCCAGUGACUGAUGAGAGAGGGGGUUCUUUUUAGGGCAGCUGCUAAGGAGAAGCACUGGGAUUUGCUCCCCAAAUCAAUGCUACUCACUUCUUUAAACUUCCCAUAGGAAAGAGAAAAGGGAAGGGCCCUAUGCUUUUUGUGGGGCUUGUAGAGGCUAGCAGAGAUAACAGUGGCACUUUAAUGAGCCUGUUUUGGAAAGGAAUUACAAUGCAUUGGAUUUUUGCCUGAACACUUUUUUUUUUUUAAGUCAUAUACAACCACAUGGCUUAUCAAAAAAUGUUUCGUGCAGUCACAUUCUCUCUGAAUUGAAGUCCUUUCCAACUUCUGGUGAUUUAUUCUAUUUUCAUCACUUGGAGCCUCUAGCUUUUUGCUUCCACUUUAAUUAAGCAAAUGGCUAUAGAUCUGAACUAUAUUUAACCAAAUGGCAUAAAAGGUGGAGGAGUAUUUCUGACAUUCUUUUAUUCACCCACUUUCAAAUGCCUAUUCCAAUUACUUCUUUCGGCUUCAAUAUUUUGACAGAGGCAAUGCAGUUUCAUUCUUUUUCAAUAAUUUUCAACAUUUUUUACUGGAAGCAUAUUAAGUGUCUUAAACUGAAUUCUAGAAUGUUUCCUACCUGCCCCUCAAAAAAAAUUUAAUUAGAUAAAAUGCAGAGGAAUCAUUAAAUUAUGCCCUGAGUUCUGACUGAACAUUUGUCAUUGCUGUCAUUACAGGGGAAAAUCUCUUUUUCUUGUAAGCAGUUGUGACUCUGUUUUCAGAGGGUUGUAUUUAUGAUUUGUAUUCUUUUAAAAUCUUUAGAGGUUUGCUAAAGAAUCACAGCAAUACUACAAGAAAAAACCCAUGGAUACCUCAGACUCACGACACCACAUGGCUUUGUAGAUUGCGGUGGAGGACCCCUGAAUUAUGCCACCUUGAGGUCAGAUGAGGAACUGCUGAUGUCUCAGCUGGAACAUUCCAGACAGCAACUUAUCUGACAACAGGUUCAAAAAGGCAACAGCUAACUGAGGGAGAUUUUCAUGUAUGCAACCUCUACUGCAAGAAUGCUGAUAGCCAAAUGGUGGAAGAGAGAUAAAAUACCAACUAAAAUGGAGUGGCAAGCGAAAUUAUUUGAAUAUGUAGAACUGGCAAAGAUGACAGGAAAAAUUAGGAACCAGACAAACCAAAAGUUUUACAAAGAAUGGGAUAUAUAUAGAUUGUACUUAAGAGAACAUUGUCAGUGAAGAAAAUAGUCUGUUUGUAAUAUUUUUGUGUUUCAGUGUUGUCUUUCUUUCUUUUUCAAGUUAUGUUUUAAUUUUUUUUGUGUGUAUUGUUUAUAUACUAAUAAAGACUGAAUUGGGAUGGAAAGACCAUUGUCCACAUAUGAAACCUUUGGCAUGUUUUGAUUAACUUCUGCAAUGUUAUAUGCUACAAAGAUUAUAGACAAUUUAUGAUAAGUUAACGGUCAUACAAUAUGCAGUCAACAAGGAAACAUAGGACCCAUACUGAGGAGGAUGGAAGACUCAACAUAUGAAAUAACUUUAUUUUAUAUGUAACAUUUUCUUUGUAUUUGAUGUGAUUUGUUUGUUUGUUUUUGUGAUGAAUGAAUUCAAUAUUUAAAAUCAAUAAAGAUUAAAUUGCAAAAAGGCAA